CAGGAGAAAUAAUGAUUGUCAAGAAUACUGAACUUAAAAGAUGAUCAAAAACUGUCAGUAAAUGACAGGAGGAGAAGAAUCUGUGAUCUGGUGGUUUAGGUUUAAGUGAAAACAGUCAAAAUGAAAGUGAAAGUAUGUGAGCUGAAAAACAGACUCCAUUUUGAGAAACGAUCAGAGAGGAGAGAGGAGAGGACGAGGAGACAGGGUGAGUGUUUACUCUGUUUUUAUUUUAAUGUCAAACUCUUUAUCUGUAUCAUCUGUUAAUGAAAAAUGAUUUACUGAUUAAUACACUUAAAAACUGUAAAACAAAGAAACCUGAGCAGACAAAGAGCUGGAUCAGUUCUUCAUACAGGAAACUGCGUACGUGCAGUUCUUCUUCCUCUUUGUUUAGACUUGUCUUUUUGGUAAAAACAUAAAUGAGAAUCUUUUUAGCCUCUCAUUUCAAAUUUAAUCCAGUCCACUUAAGUUUUUAUGAGCGUUCAGGGACCUCACAGCUGAUUUUGUUUUGACCCUGAAUCAGACAAGGAUCAGAGAAAGGCCCUGCAGGGUGGGGAGACAUCAGAAGUUCUUGGAUAUUAAACCUGUAUAACUCUUAAAGAGGGGGAUUAAGCUGUUUUCAGACUCUGUACUUCCUUUCUGAUUCCUCUUUUAUUUCUGAACUCUCUUCCUGUUUGUAUCUCACCUGUUUGUCUACUUUGUCCUCAGGUUGUAUAACUCGGUUUCAUCUUCCAUAAAUCUUCACAACAGAAGAUGGAGAAGAUGAGUGUUUGUGUCAAGGAAGAGGAGGACAGAACAAAGUCUGUUAUGUCCGACUGUCUGUCUAUGAAGAGUGACCGGUCUAAAGAUGAACCUCUGUUCUUCAGUAAAGAACCAGGACCCUCAGAGGAGGACAGAACAAAGUCUGUUAUCUUCAGCUGUCUGUCUAUGAAGAGUGACCGGUCUAAAGAUCCUCCUCUAGCCUUCAGUAAAGAACCAGGACCCUCAGAUUCACAGUAAGAGAAACACUUUUCACCCUCCAGACUCUCAAACAACAACAACUGAUGUUUCAAAAUCAGAACUUUAAAUCCUGACCCCUCUGUUUUCUCCUCUGCUCUCAAAACGCAGAUUUUCCUCUUUAACCUCCAACCUGGAGAAAGUAAAGAAAAAGUCACUGAGCACAGAUUUACUUAUUAUUCCUCAUGUUGAUAAAAAUGAAGGUCGUAUAAAACAGCAUUUGAAGAGGAUCCUGACCUCUGUAUUUUCUGAUUUGGUUCCUGUGUUUGGGACGUUUUGAGCCUGUAAGUCUUUGGACUGUGGUGUAUAGACCCCAGAAAACAGUCUGUGGGUCCCAAAAUACCAGAAGACCAAUGAAGAAAUAAAUCCUGAGAAAUAAAAACUCAUUCAAACAUCUGUCUGUUAUUAGACCUUUAGAUCUGAUUGGUCAAAAAAAUGUUUUAAACUGUCAGAGAAAAUCUCUCUACCUUCAAAAAUCACAGUUUAGUUUUUUCUCCUGUCUCCACACUUUGAGGCAGCAGCAGCUGAAUAUUUUACAGGAGAUUGUUUUAUGUUAGAGAAAAGAGUGAGGUCAGAAACUCUGGUUUAAUAAAUGUUUCUUAUUCUGUAUCUUUCAAACAUGAAAUGAUAAAGAAAAUAAAUGAUCUUUAUUUCCACAGAGAGACACAGAGAUGUGACUCUGUGGAGGAGCAGCUGUCCAGCUGUUCUUUAUGUCAGGACGUCCUGAAGGAUCCAGUCUCUACUCGCUGUGGACACUGGUUCUGCAGACAGUGCCUGGCCUCAUGCAGGGACCAGUCUACUUCUUCAGGAUACACCUCCUGUCCCCAGUGUGGAAAAAGAACCAGAACAGUUCUUGUCUCUCAGACGGACAGCCAGUCCAGCUCUGACCGAAGUAAGUCUGAACAUCUGUCCUUUAAACCCGAAAUUAUACAAUUUCCGCCUGGAUUAUUUUACUUAUUUACCCAUAAAAUUAGCAGAAAAUGUCCUAUGAGUGAGUAUUUUUACCAUUUUUUUACCAACCAUAUUUUUUCUAAUACCCAAUAUCUGACUGUCAUUUACAAUUUACUGCCUAUUAAAAGAGUCCUUUAACAUUUUAAGAUAAAGAAAAACACAAAAACGGAAUUAGAUUUUUGAGUUUUAAUGAAAAAGAAAAUAUUCAUGAACAACAGAUUUUUCAUUGAGAUCAUAAAUUUAAACAGUAUAAAAACAUAUUUACAACAAAAUCUUUAGAGUGCUGUCUCUCAAAGAGCAAAAACAGGCUAAAUAAAUACAACCAUGUCCAGGAGUUUCUUCUUCUUUUCUCCUCUCUGGCUGCAAACACACUCCUCUCUCACUCAGAGGUCUUUGUGGAACUGUCAGAAGCUGUUCCUUUCUGUCUGCAGACACAGACCCACAUCACACCCCUCACUCUUCCAGGCAGUUCUCCUCGUGACAAAGUUAACAGCGUCGUCUCCCCAUACUGGUUCUCUGAGACCUCAGUUGUCUUUAACUUGUUGGGACACGUCAGUGUUUGUCACCUGUAGAUUUCUUUGGGACUUACUGGAGACAAACUUUUAGAAGAUGAGCAGCAAGCUCCUCCUGAAAGCCCCAGGGACAGGUUUUGGGUUGAACCUCAGUGGCUGGGGGGCUCCAUCAUCAGGUUCUGCCUCAGAUUUUCAUCUAGGAUGAUGUAGUGAGUGGCUUCACUGUCUCACAGCAAAGGUUAUAAGUGUUGAUUUACUCAUAAAAUAACGUAAAUAAACUAAAAACGACACAAAGAGCACUUCAUUCAUCCAGAAACCCAUACAGAAAAUCAACCGGUCAAACUUUACCUUCCUUCAUCUGAAGUUCCUCUGAAAGCCACUCCAUUGGUCCCAAAGCCGUCUGUAAACCUCGGUGGAGGUUUUCUGACCCAGCAGGGUUGUAUUUCAGUCAUUUCCUUUGAAAUAAUCGCUUUUUUGUCACUUUUCUCUCUUUUUGCUCCGUUUCUCCGCUCUGGUGUUUGUGUCUAAUCAGCUGCUCCUUUUGAGAGGGGAGAAAACAGCAGGAGUGAAAUUACUGUAAUAACCGUAUAUUGGCUGUGUGGCGCAACUUCUCAGCUUUCAGAAACUGUUCGAGUUUUUCUAAUUGCACAAACUACCGCAAAGUUACGGUAAUUUAAAGAGCGCCUGUGCAAAGGUGUCAGCGCCGACACACUGGGAGGAAAAGUCUGUGUGGAUGAAAACUCAGCUGACUGAUUUUCACAAAGACGUUUUCAUGUUGAGAAGUUUGGUUCAUUUUAUUUUUCUUCUCUUUCAGAAGAUGGCGGUCUGCAGGAGGUUUUAGAUGAACAUAAGAUCAGUCUGAAGAGGAGAUGUGAACGUGUGAAUGAAGGAAGUGAUGAAACAGGAAGUAGUCAAACCCUCCUCAACAGGAUCUUCACUGAGCUCUACAUCACAGAGGGACUGAGUGAAGAGGUGAACACACAACAUGAGGUGAGACAGCUGGAGACAGCUUCAAAGAUGAAGACCCUCCAUGACACUCCCAUCAGGUGUCAUGAGAUCUUUAAAAACUUACCUGACCAACAGAAGAAGGUCAUCAGAGUGGUUCUGACCAACGGCGUGGCUGGUGUUGGAAAAACCUUCUCAGUGCAGAAGUUCACUCUGGACUGGGCAGAGGGUUUGGAGAACCGAGACCUCAAUCUGGUGAUCCUGCUUUCAUUCAGGGAGCUGAACCUGAUCAGAGAUGAGCGCUUCAGUCUUCUGAGUCUGCUCCAUGUUUUCCAUCCAACACUAGAGAAGGUCACAGCAGAGACGCUGGCUGUCUGUAAACUUCUGUUCAUCUUUGACGGUCUGGAUGAAAGCAGACUGUCUCUGGAUUUCACAGACUCUGAGGUGGUGUCUGACGUCACACAGAAGUCUUCACUGAACGUUCUGUUAACAAACCUCAUCAAGGGGAACCUGCUCCCCUCAGCUCUCAUCUGGAUAACUUCUCGACCUGCAGCAGCCAAUCAGAUCCCUCCUUCACGUGUGGACAGGGUAACAGAAGUACGAGGCUUCACUGACGCCCAGAAGGAGGAGUACUUCAGGAAGAGGUCCAGAGAUGAAGAUCUGUCCAGAAGAAUCAUCUCACACAUCAAGUCCUCCAGGAGCCUCCACAUCAUGUGUCAGAUCCCGGUCUUCUGCUGGAUCACUGCGACAGUUCUGGAGGACAUGAUGAGGAGAAAGAAGAGAGGAGAGCUGCCCAAGACCCUGACUGACAUGUACUCACACUUCCUGCUGGUCCAGACUAAGAGGAAGAAGCAGAAGUACGAAGGAGGACACGAGACAAGUCCUCAGGAGCUGACGAAGGCAGACAGGAAAGUUCUCCUGAAGCUGGGGAGGCUGGCCUUCGAACAUCUGGAGAAAGGAGACAUCAUGUUCUACCAAGAAGACCUGGAGCGGUGUGGUCUGGAUGUCUCAGAGGCCUCGGUGUACUCAGGAGUUUGUACAGAGAUCUUCAGAAGAGAGAGUGUGAUCUUCCAGAAAACCGUUUACUGUUUCGUUCAUCUGAGCGUUCAGGAGUUUCUGGCUGCAGUCUACAUGAUCCACAGUUUCACAAUGAGGAACAAAGAAGCUCUGAGGACUUUCCUAAGAGGCAACGAAGACAAAAGGUUUUCUUCAAAGAUGGUUUCUUAUUCUUCUAAAAACCUGGAUGACAGUUUCUCAUCUCUCGAGGUCUUCCUGAAGAGUGUCAUGGAGAAAUCCCUUCUCAGUAAAAACGGUCACCUGGACCUGUUCGUUCGCUUCCUUCAUGGACUCUCUCUGGAGUCAAACCAGAGACUCUUAGGAGGUCUGCUGGGUCACACACACAACAGUCCAGAAAUAAUCCAAAGAGUCAUCAAGAACCUGAAGGAGAUGAACAGUAAAGAUAUCUCUCCUGACAGAAGCAUCAACAUCUUCCACUGUCUGAUGGAGAUGAACGAUCUGUCGGUUCAUCAGGAGAUCCAAGAGUUCCUGAAGUCAGAGAACAGAUCAUAUAAGAAACUCUCAGAGAUCCACUGCUCUGCUCUGGCCUACAUGCUGCAGAUGUCGGAGGAGGUUCUGGAUGAGUUGAACUUAAGGAACUAUAACACAUCAAACCAGGGACGACUGAGACUGAUCCCAGCUGUGAGGAACUGCAGAAAGGCUGAGUAAGUCCAGGUUUUAUUCUCAGAAUAGUGUAAAUGAUCCCUGUAGUUCUUCUAAUGUCCACGUUACUGAUGAUGUUCUUCUUCAAAUAGAAAUCCACUCAAAUAUCAGGGAGGGGGUUUCUUUGGCAAAAACAUGAUCCUGGUGUCAAAAGUCCUGUUAGCCCAGGAUGAGGUCUACCUGUGGACCCCUGAGAACUUGUCCUAAUAGUGGAGGACCUCUUUGUUUUGAAUCGUGUCCGUAAUGAAUAAAGUGGAACUUUCAGGACAAAUCAGCGACCAUAUCUGAGGACACACAGAGGUCUUCUGAUGAUGGUAUCAGUCCAGAUCAACAUCUCAGUCAAUUGUGGUGAACUUGAGUUUGAAGAAGGUGUCUGCAGCUUCUUCCUGCUGGUUUUCAGGUUGGAAAUGAUGAAUGUGUUGUAAAUGAGGGUGUUGACAGCAUUGAUGGUGAAAAUAGAACUGGAUCAUUUUCUCCACAGUGGCAGAACUGUCUCUGUACCAUCAUGUUCAUCAUUCAAUAUUCAUCAUCAAUACAACCAUGAAAACUAACAUCAUUUUCCACCACUCACUGGAGAUUAUCUGCUGGACUAGAACAUAUGAAUGAUGAGAACACAGGAGGUAUUUGGACAGCAGCUCCAUGUGUCUGAAAACAAUGGUGGAAGUAGGAUGUUAAUGUCUCUCUCUCUCUCUCUCUCUCUCUCUCUCCCUCUCUCUCUCUCUCUCUGAUACUAGUCUGCCUCAUAACACCUCAUAGCAUGUGGAAACAGCGGUGCUGUUCCACUGUAUAUAUGGACACCAUGUCUCUGAGGAGAAGCAGUGUGACUGCAUCAUCGUCAUCAUCUUCAUCAGUUUUCCAUGGUGUCCCUUUGUUGUCAUGGUGAUGCAGAGUGAAGAUGAUUCCUCAUAUGUUGAGGUGUUGGUGGGCUGUAGCGGUCACAUUUCUCCCACUCGGCUGCACGCCUCUGUUUAAGAUGUUGAUGUAAAUUGGUCAGACUGCUGCCUUCUGCUGAAACAGCCUUUGAACAAACACUGCAGCAGACUGGGGUUUGAUCCAGGUCUGAGUCUGAGAGACUGAACCAGGUCUAAAGGACUAACAAGACAGACUUUUUUAGGGAGAAGAAAAGUCUGUUUUUGGCCAUAACUAGCAUGGCUGUCAUUAGGUUGAAUUAAUACAGGUAGAGAGAUAGAGAGAGAGAGAGAGAGAGAGAGAGAGAGAGAGAGAGAGAGAGAUCACCAGAGCCCAAAGACAGAGGUUCAGUGGGUCUUUGUUUCUGUCUCUUAAAGGUCUCUCUGGAUUCAUCAGGCUUUAUAAACUUGUUUCUGCUGCUGAAGCGAAUGUUACAUGGAGAAAAAACUUUCAUUGUGAAAACAAAGAAAUCUUCAAGUCUUCAAAUGUUCAGAGUCAAACCAGCUCUAACCUGCUAAAAAAAAGAAUUUUAUCUGAACCAAUCAGAGAAAAAGGAGCUGCUGUGAUUUAGUGAGUCGUCCUCUGAUUGGUCAACAGUCAGUGUCUAUGGAAAGACUUACAUUACAGCAGGAUGUCAACAUUAAACACUGAUUCUCCAAGAGGUACUUUGGAUACUAACCAAUCACAUACCAGGACCAAAAACCUGGUUCUCAGUCCCCUUCUCCAACCAGAACUGAAGAAUUCACUCAAUCAUAAUGAUCCAGCUGCACUAACAUGAAGACAACACUGUUAGAGAACAGAAGGACUAAAAUAAGUCAUGGAGUCAUUUGUCUUGAACAUCUGAACAGUUUUUUUUCUUCUUCUAAACUUUGACUUCCUGUCUUCUCUCAUGGCUGUGGUCCUGAUAUUAGUAUCUGUCUGGUUAAAAACAGGCCGUCUGUCAAACCAAAGAUCAUGUUUGAGUCAUUUUUGGUGAAGAGAAACAUCAAAUUACCCUUUAAUGAAAUAUUGUUUGAUAUUUAUCUUGUUACAGACUUUGGGGCUGUGGACUCUCAGAGACUCACUGUGAAGUUGUGGCCUUAGCUCUGAAGUCCAACCCCUCCCAUCUGAGAUAUCUGGACCUGAGUGUCAACAUACUGUGGGAUUCAGGAGUGAAGCUUCUCUCUGCAGGACUGGAGAGUCCAAACUGCAGACUGGAGACUCUGAGGUGAGACACCAUUUCCUUCUGAUCUAACAAUAAGAUGUGACAGCUGCUGCCUUAGAUUUUUCUCUGUGGUUUUUCCAUCAACUUUGGUCGAGCAGUUUGAAUUUGUCGUUGUAAAACUUCAACACAGGAAGAAAAAUCCGACAUUUCAGAGUUGACUUUGAGGAGAACGAUGGAUGUAGAAAGGAAGCAGGAGAAAAUCAGUCCCACAAAUAUUACACAUGCUGGUAGAGAGCAGGAGCAGCACAGACUAAAGGCUGAUAUUGAACUGAUCCACAAUUAAUGUGAUCACUAAUGAAUGAAUGAAGUGUCAGAGAAAUGAUGAGCUGCAGAUUGAAACCUGAAGAACAAAGUUAAUCCAACUCUGGAUAUUUCAUUUGGAAACUCUUGAAAACUUGAAUUUCUUCUUUGCUCAGUCGUGUUCAAAUGUAAAAACCAGAUCCAGAUUUUUCUGCAGUUUUCACUUCAGUUUGUUGAACAUGAACAUCAUCUUGUCCAGUUGGUCCAUAAAAACCUCUCUGAUCAAUGAUCUGUUGGUUUAUUUAAGAGUAGUUUGGCAGUUGUUGACAGCAGACGGACGGACCCCUGAAUAAACUCCUGACUAUUUUCAAAAAAUCUUCUCAAAAAAGUUUAGAGAAGAUUUUAUAAAGUUCCUCAAGAUCAACUCUGAAAAAGUUCUUCAUCCAUGUCCUUCAGGGGCUCAAGAACAUUGAAUCAUUAAAAGCAGGAACAGUUUCUUCAGAGGUAAUGUGACAGCUGUUUUUUUAAUUAACUUUUAGAUUUGGAGUUUUAGUCUUUUAAUUUCAUAGACAUUUUGAACAUAUUCAUGAGUUAAUAUUCAUUAAUUACAACCAUAUCAUACUGAUAUCAGACAGGAGUGUGACAGGUGAUUAUUAGUCUUUUUGACACGUUACAAUAAUGAGGAUAAAGUCAUGGACUAAACUUGGGCUCCCAGUUUCCUUUUUGUUGUUGUUUCUUCAGCUAGCAUCAUUGUUUUCAUCACAGUUAUUAAAGUGAUAAUGAUGCUUCAUAAAUUCAGAGUCACAAAAAACAACAAACAAACCAAAUCUGAAAAAAAUCCACUUUUUCAUCAAAUGUGUUUAACAGUCAGAACAUGAGUUUUGAGUUUUCAUGAGGAGGAAACGAGAAAGAUCUGCUCUGACAGUUAGAAACACAGACGCCUGAAUUUACACUGACAGACACACAAACACAGACACAGAGACACAGACAGAGACACAAACACACAAACACAGACAGAGAUUUUCCUCUUUGUCUCUUUGCUGUGAUGACUGAAGUCACAAAAACAAAGUUUUCUUCGUCACUUUUAUGAUUGAACCAAAUGAGUUAAAGAACCAAACUCUCAGAUUUUGUUCUUCUCAAUAUUAUUUGAACCAUUUAGAUUUUUCUUCUGAUCAAUAUUCAAUGAUCAGAUUGAUCAGGUUCCUGUUUUGGCUCCACUGCCUCUUUUCUGUGAGCUCAAUAACUGGUCAUAUGGUUUGAAAGGUUCCUGCAGUAAAACCCGAUUAGAGAGUGGACUAAAUGAAAUGUGUGUGAACUCAGCCAUCAGUGAAUCAAUGACAAAGUGAGAGGAAGAGUGGAUCUGUCUGCUGUCUGACCUUGUUGAUCCUGAUGAAGGUGAGGGAGAAGAGUAAAGCAGUAAAGGUGAUGUUGUUGCAGACAGAGUCAGCUGACCUGUCUCAUCAGAGUCUCAUCCAUUCUCUGUUUGGCAGAGCGCUGAUGUUACAGUCUGAGAGCACAUUCAGGUCCAGCUUCACAUGGGCUGGAUCUGCUCAAUACAAACUCUUGAGACCAGCCUGGUUGAGGGAGGUCCGCUCAGUGUCCUGGGUGACUCUCUCUGAGCUCUUCUUGGUUGAGAGUAUUUCUGGUUUGUCUCUGACUUCCAUGAACUCAGAUCUGGAGGAUUGCUGGCUGGUCCGGUCCAGUUCUGACAGUAGAGACAACACAGUCUAUUAUUCUGGGUUGAGUGUUAUUGUUGAAGAUCAGUGUACAGUGAGGGAUGAAGGCAGACAGGAAACGUGGAGUAGAGAGUGAGGGAGGACUUACAGCAAAGGAUCAUGGGAGUCCAACCAGCAACUGCUGCAACAAGGACUCCACCUUCUGAACAUUUGAACCUCUGAUCCAAACCAGUGCUACAUCACAUCUGAUGUCUUGUCUGUUAUUUUACAUGGAGGGUCAGAGCAGACCAGAUCAUGAGCUCUGACAGACUGGAUCUGGUCCAAAGGUCUCCUGUUGGAGUUCUCUAAGCUCCAUAUUUUAAACCUGAACAUGUGAAGUUUGAUUAUUAAUUAUUUUUAUCUUUAUUCUCUUUCCUUUUUUCAGACUUAUGAACUGCAGAUUGUCAGAGAUCAGCUGGUCUUCUCUGGUCUCAUCUCUGAAGUCCAACCCCUCCCAUCUGAGACAUCUGGACCUGAGUGAAAACUAUCUUCAGGAUUCAGGCGUGAAGCUGCUGUGUGACCUUCUGCAGAGUCAAAACUGUAAACUGGAGACUCUAGAGUGAGACUUUUUUCCUCCAUUCAAACAUUAUCAUGAUUUGUUUGUGAUGAUGACACUAAACUGCUGACUCAGGACUGAAAUACUCACCCAGACUGAACACCUUCAGUCCAGAGUAGAUUUUCUGCAUCAGUGGAUUAUUUGAUUGACUCCAGUUAGAUCACUGCUGAGCUCCAGUGAAUUAAAACCUGAACACAAGAAGAAAACUCUUUGUAGAGUUCACAGUGAGAAGCACAUUCAGACAGAAAACAGAAGCAGGGGGAGAUUUGUCAGACGAGAACCACUCAAACUUUAGUUCAGGACAAAAUCAGGGAAUAGAAAAAACUCAGAGUUUAGUUUCUGACUCUGAUGAAAGUCCAGCUCUGUCACUUUGAAUUUUGAUUGUUUUUGAAUCUUUGUGUGAAAAUCUGAAUUUUCUGGUUUAUCUGCACUUUUCCGAAACCUUGCUGUGUUUAGACUGAAAUAUUUCCUCUCAAAGACGUGAUAUUUUUGGUUCAGCAAAGUGAAAAUAUUCUGAACAUCCUUUAUUUCCCAUCCGUCCUGAAGUCGCUGACAUUUUCUGAAAAUAUUGAGCUGCAUCUACAAUCAGUUAAAAUCGUCUCUGAGUUUGUUUUUCACUAUUUAAUGUGUUUUUGAAUUCACUGUUUCAACUGACUUCCUGUUUGGUUCAGCUCUUUAGAGCGUCACUUUUCUUUGAUUCAUACUUUCCAAACCUUUCGCCUGAACUCGACAGAUUUAAGACAUCAGGUUUCAAACUGGAUCAUUUUUAUCUAAAAUCUCAUUAUUUCCUCUUUAUUUAGGAUGAAUUAUUGCAGUUUGACAGAGAUCAGCUGUUCUUCUCUGGCCUCAGCUCUGAAGUCCAACCCCUCCCAUCUGAGACAUCUGGACCUGAGUAACAACAUACUGUGGGAUUUAGGAGUGGAGCUUCUGUGUGACUUUCUGCAGAGUCCAAACUGUAAACUGGAGACUCUGAGGUCAGACUUUUUUCCUCCAUUCAGACAUUAUCAUGAUUUGUUUGUGAUGAUGACACUAAACUGCUGACUCAGGACUGAAAUACUGACCCAGACUGAACACCUUCAGUCCAGAGUAGAUUUUCUGCAUCAGUGGAUUAUUUGAUUAACUCCAGUUAGAUCACUGCUGAGCUCCAGUGAAUCAAAACCUGAACACUAGAAGAAAACUCUUUGUAGAGUUCACAGUGAGAAGCACAUUCAGACAGAAAACAGAAGCAGGGGGAGAUUUGUCAGACGAGAACCAUUCAAACUUUAGUUCAGGACAAGAUCAGGGAAUAGAAAAAACUCAGAGUUUAGUUUCUGACACUGAUGAAAGUCCAGCUCUGUUACUUUGAAUUUUGAUUGUUUUUGUGAAUCUUUGUGUGAAAAUCUGAAUUUUCUGGUUUAUCUGCACUUUUCUGAAGCCUUGCUGUGUUUAGACUGAAAUAUUUCCUCUCAAAGACGUGAUAUUUUUGGUUCAGCAAAGUAAAAAUAUUCUGAACAUCCUUUAUUUCCCAUCCGUCCUGAAGUCGCUGACAUUUUCUGAAAAUAUUGUGCUGUAUCUACAAUCAGUAAAAAAGUCUCUGAGUUUGUUUUUCACUAUUUAAUGUGUUUUUGAAUUCACUGUUUCAAACUGACUUCCUGUUUGGUUCAGCUCUACGGAGCGUCACUUUUCUUUGAUUCAUACUUUCCAAACCUUUCCCCUGAACUCUACAAAUUUAAGACAUCAGGUUUCAAACUGGAUCAUUUUUCUCUAAAAUCUCAUUAUUUCCUCUUUAUUUAGGUUGGAUGACUGCAGUUUGUCAGAGAUCAGCUGUUCUUCUCUGGCCUCAGCUCUGAAGUCCAACCCCUCUCAUCUGAGAGAGCUGGACCUGAGUGACAACGAGCUGCAGGAUUCAGACAUGAAGCUGCUGUGUGAUCUUCAGAAGAGUCCAGACUACAGACUGGAGGAUCUGAUGUCAGUAUAGAGUUGGAGUUAGUCGGUGCUGAUCUCUCCUGUUCCACUCCACACAGUAUCACAGCAGAUAUUCAGUAUUUCCUGCUGACUCUUCGACCCUCUCAGAGGAUUCUUUCUUUAGUGAAGCUGUGAGAACAGAAAUCAUCAAACCAGGAGUGUAAGAGUGUCAGUGAUGAAAAAAGUGUCUCCUCGUCUCUAUAUUUCAGAUCAAAUGUAGAAAUGAGACAUAAUGAAAUAGAAAUGUUCAGUUUCUGCUCUGAAGUCCAGUUUAUAGUUCUCUGUAUUCAACUCAGACUUUAUUUCUCUGCUAACUUGUUGAUUUUGACCUCUAAGUUUGAAAACAGACAGCUGUUCUUUAUACUUGUUAUUUUCACAGCAGGUUUGUUCGAUCAGCUUUAACACAUUUGACAGGAAUGAUUUCUUUAUUUUGAUGAUGUUGGUUUAUUUGUGAGGAAACCUGCUGCUUUACACCAUCACUUCUGCUCUGAGCAGGACUGAGACCUGCUGGUCUGUAAACUGGAUGUUCUUCAGUCCAGCUGAUGAAGUGAGUCUCAGAGUGGAAACACUGAUCGUCUUUUUUUUUCUUUCCUCAGAUGGGGGUCAUAUCAGUAAGAGUGAUUAAGAAGAGGAUCAUGUGUUUCCUGACGAUCAGAGAGGUGGAGGCAGCAGCAGUGAGGGUGAGGUGAGUCUCUGACUGGGCCGUGUUCCUGAGAGACUGACUGACCAAUCACAGCGGGCGGAGAGGACUCUGGGAGCUGCACUUUGACCUGCUCUGAGAUCAGCUCAGGACCUGGACUCUGGAUAUUUGAUAUUUUCCCUCAUAUUCUGGGAUCAAACAGUCUGAACAGGUUUGUUUUGUUGAUGGAAACAUGAUCAUGAAUUUACACUUUGAUUGGAUUACUUUGUUUUUACCAUGAUGCAGCGCCACCCAGUGGAAAUAUAAAGAGGUGGAGUUGAUUUAUUCCCACAUAUUUCUGCAGCAGAAGUUGAUACCAUGUGUGAGAGUAGAUCAGUCAGAAGUUCAGAUUAAACCCAAAGGUUUUUUCUUUCCUCUGCACCGUUAGAGACCGAAUAUAAACUGAAGGGAGAGGAAGAGAAGUGAGGAGAGAUGGAGGUGAAGGGAGGAGGAGGACAGGGUUUGGGGUUUUAACAAAAAUCAGAAGCUUUAUUCUUUCACUCGAUUAUUUUUAUUCAUCUGUUUUCAUUUUCUGAAAUGAUUGUAAAUAUUGACUGGAGGUAAAUUGACCUUAUUUUAUAUUAUUAGACAUUAUUUUCCUUCUCUUUACAUGUUUUUGUUCUCAUAUCAUCUUUUUGCUCAUCAAUAAUCGAUUCCCUCCUGUUUAGAUGAACAAACACAAUUAUUAAACCAUAAAUGAGACCUGAAAGUAAAAGUAAAAUGUGUGAAAUAUAAUUAGUUAAAGGAAAGAUUCUUGAACAAAAACAAAAACAUUAUUUUUACUUUAUUAUGAUGGAGAAGUUUUCCUCUGACAGACAAAAAUAACCGUAUUGACUGGAGUCUGGAAAAAGUGAGAUCAGCAUCUAUUCAGGGUGAAGUCAUUAACGUGGUCGAUGCUGUUUUAUAAACUCAGUGUUGUUGAUUACAAUCUCAGCUUCAUAAAUUGAUGCUACAGUGGAGUGACUUCCUGUAAAAUCCACUGGCGUUGUGAGACCGUCAGCUUUCAGGAGAUAAGUUUGUGUUUCUGUGACACUCCAAAGCUUUUCUAUCCCACAGAGAAGAUCAGUGUGUUUUCAAAGACCUUCCUGAUCCCAUCCCUCCAAAAUGAAAAUAAUCUGAUCGUUUAUGGAUUCAUUUCAGUAACAAAGUGUCAUUUCUGUUGUUAGCCAAUCAGAGCCUGUAUCUGCCAUCGGCUGACCCGUAAAGGUCCAAUCAUAAGCCAGGACAGCUCAUGUCACAGUCUGCUCACAGCAGAGAAACAGGAAACAUAGAACUAUUGUGAACAGAUUUGUCCUCUUCAGCUUAUCUAGUAUCAAUAGAUCUGUGCUCCGUCUGCGUAACACUAUGUUGGUUCUUCAUUUACACUACAUCAUUUUUCAUUUCAUUUCACUGUAACAAUGUCAUUUAAAGAUAAUAAAAACUAUAUUUGAACCAAAACAUGUUAAAAACAUCAACUCAGCUUGUUUCAUUCACUGUGUCCAAUUGAUUAUUAUUAUUAUUUUCAUUCAAACAAAAACUAGAUCUGGUCUUUAAAAAGUCCUCAAAGUGAGUCUGAAAAGUGGAGGAAGGUUUUAUCAUCAGGGUGCUCCUAUACUCAGGUCAAUACGGUAGUGGAUCCUAGAGACUCAAAGCCUCGAUUCAGCUGAGGCUGGAGGACGCUGCGUGAAGGAAAGUCGGUGUGUUUAGUUGGUCUUAGUUUUUAUGAAGCAGGAACUUGGAUUUGAUCGUCUUUUCUUGGAAAUCAAAGUUCCUGUUGGACUCAAAGAUAAAGUCUGGGAUCCCCGUCAGGUUUGAAGACUUUGGUCUCACAGCAGAGAGAUUGUGGCUCUGAGAUGUUUGGACAUGUUGAAACUGAAGCUUUUCUUUGAGAAAAAAAAAAAAAAACAAUCUUGCAGCACAGUUGAUUCAUGUGUUUUCAUUUGUGAUAUUCUCUCUAUCAAUCAAUCAAUCAAACUUUAUUUAUAUAGCACCUUUCAUGCUUUUAAGCUGCAACACAAAGUGCUUUACAAAAAGGUAAAUACAAACAACGUUAAAAAGGUGGGUUAUUGUUCAUUCAAAGUAUGUGGUAGACAAAUCCACACAUCUAACAGAAAAAAGGUAAAAUAUUAAGAUAGGAGAUUUCUGCAUGACAUCAACAAUAUCCUAGAUUUAGUUUUCUAAGCAACAGGUGGUCGUCUCUUAUAGGGGGUACUAUGGUCCAGAAAUUUGAAAAGGGGUCACUAAAUGUUACGUACCAAAAGAUCUACAACAGUAACAUAAAAAGACCCCAGGUUAAGUAACGGCAUCCAGGUAAUUAAUCAAACAGAAAUGUUUAUUCUCUGAGGUUAAACAACCAACUUAAAAAAAAGCAAAAAGCUGAGAAAAACACCAAUACAACUCCAAUAGUAAGCCAAGGUAAAAAAAGGAAAAUAGCAAAUGCACUGCAGGCUCCACUGCCACUGGAGGCCUGCUCAGUCCAUCCACUGAACCACACCAGAGUCACACACUCUUGUUCAAACAGGUCCACACAAGAUCGCUGACAGAGGAGGGAAUGAGAGAGAGACCACAGUACACUCUUCCUUUAUAUAGUCUGCUACCGUAGACUGUAUAUAAGAUGGACAACCUGUUUCCACCUUCCGCCUGUAUACGGAUUUGAAGCCAAAAAGCUCUUGGUAAUUCCGUAUUUUUCUCCACUUCCUUGAAAACAGAGCUGCGCAGUAGCGAUGAGCGCAUUCAGCCGCACAGUCGCCGAGAGUCACUAGCUACGUUUACAUGGAGCCAAAUAUUCCGAAUAUAAUCGGAAUAGAAGCCCAAUCGGAAUGAAAAUGCUCCAUAUAAACACCUCAUUCGGAAUAAACAGGCCCAUUCCGAAUGGAAUUUCAUUCCGAUUCACAGGGGUAGAAUGUUCCUUUUCCCAUUCCGAUUAAAAGCAAAAUCCUGUCAUGUAAACGGUGAAUCGGAAAGUUGUCAGGCUGGGUUCUGUCUGCGCCUGCUCUGUCCUGAUGUAAACAAGCAGUGACGUAUGACUCACAUGGAAACAUGAUGGCGGCUUCCAAGCAGAGCACGAUGCACUGGUCUGCGUCGGAGAUCACGUGAUCAGUCAAUCACGUGAUGUUUGAAGGUAUCACGUGUCUGUAAAUAGCUGUUCCGAUUGAAUGCCGUGGCACAUGUAAACACCAGCUCAGAAUAGAUCGCUUCCAUGUAAACAGUUCGCCUGGGAGCUUCAAUCGGAAUGAUUAUAAUCCGAAUGAGAAAAAAGUCUGCAUGUAAACGUGGCUAUUGUGAUGAUGCUCAGCUUAAACAGCGUAUCCCCCGGGAGAGCUACGCAAUCCCUGAAGUGUUCCUGAGCCCAUGUGGUGAUAUCCUUUACACAUUGAUGUCGGUUUUUGAUACAGUGCUGCCUGAGGGAUCGAAGGUCACGGGCAUUCAAUGUUAGUUUCUGUCCAUGCCGCUUACAUGCAGUGAUUUCUCCAGAUUCUCUGAACCUUUUGAUGAUAUUGUGGACCGUAGCUGUUGAUAUCACUAAAUUCCUUGCAAUUGUACUUUGAGAAACGUUCUUAAACUGUUCGACUGUUUGCUCACUCAGUUGUUCACAAAGUGGUGAACCUCGCCCUAUCCUCGCUUGUGAAUGACUGAGAAUUUUUGGGGAAGCUGCUUUUAUACCCAAUCAUGGCACCCACCUGUUCCCUAUAAGCCUGCUCACCUGUGGGAUGUUCCAAAUAGGUGUUUGAUGAGCAUUCCUCAAAUUUCUCAGUAUUUUUUUGUCAACUUUCCCAACUACUUUGUCAUGUGUUGCUGCCAUCAAAUUCUAAAGUAAGUAUUAUUUGCAAAAAAAAAUAAAGUUUAUGAGUUUGAAUAUUAAAUAUCUCGUCUUUGUAGUGUAUUCAAAUGAAUAUAGGUCGAAAAGGAUUUGCAAAUCAUUGUAUUCUGUUUUUAUUUACGUUUAUCACAAUUUCCCAACUUCUAUGGAAUUGGGUUUUGUACUUGUGGAGAAUUUCAUGAUGAUGUAGUAUCUGCAUAAAUAAGAGGGAGGACUGUUAGUUAAUGUGUCUUUCUAGAUUGCAGAUUCUCAGAGUGAUGGAUACACACAGGAGAAUGACAGCUGAGGAGUCUGACUGUUCUUCAUGUCAUGAUGGAUCUCAGUGCAGCUUGAAUAGAGGUGAGUCUAAAUGAAGCAAACAAAAAUCUCUUUGUUAAACCUGCAUAAUAAAGACACUGCUGUAGGCUCAGAGGCUUGUUGUGAACUCAAAGUGCUUCAGUCAGCUGUUGACAGUGUUUGUGUUUGUACCACAUUGUGGACAAGUCUAUGAAUUUCUGAACGUCUCAUGUAAUUGUCCAUGAUACAUUUAUCGUUAAAUGCAGUAAAUCUGAUUUAAUCUGAUCUGAUGGAAUAAUGAAGGGCACAGCAGCAGGGUUACAGUCAGUAGUUCAUGGAUGUCUGUGUGAUUUGGUGAUCAAACUUGUUGUUUCCUGUAAUAUCAAGGGGAGGAGAAACUUCACAAUAAAACAGUAAAAGUAAAACUGUUUAAAGUUCAGACUUCAGAGUGAGUCAGCACAGAGAGAAACAGGGACACUUGUAACAGGGUGAGUGUUAAUUCAGUGUUACUGUUUGGUUUUCAGAGUCUGUCAUUCAUCAGAAGUGUUUUUGUGUAUUUUACACUUAAAAAAGCUAAGCAGUGAAAAUUGAUCAGAAACGUUGUUGGAUUAAUUCCUCGUCCAGUAAACUGUGAGUGUGCUGUUCUUCCUGUUUCUCUGCCUUUGGUGAGAUGAGCCCAAAAUGACUCUUCAUAUUUUUGUGAACUUUAACAGACUUUAACAGAUUAUCUUUACACUGUGAGUCAGACAAGGAUGAGAAAUCCAAACUAAUGCUGUGGAUACUGAUCAAACAGGUGAUUUCAAACUCUGACAGACCCUCCAACUUUCUGUCAGGAUUCACUUCUCUGAGCUCACAGCCAUCAUUACUGCUUUUUCAGACUCAGAGGAGUUUAGGAGAGCACAGGUCUGGAUGUUUGGUAUUAAAGCUUGUAGUCAAAGUUUCUCAGAUACUGUAAUAACAUCUGUAACCUCUAACCAACUUUAUCAUUAAUACAGCCACAAUAAAACAAUUGAAGUUGACCAGAGGUUGUUUUUCAAACACUGUGAAGAUAUUCAAGCUGUUGUUUUAUAUUCUGUUCUUCCAUAAAGCUGGUCCAAAGUUUCUUUAUUGUUGUUAAAUAUUAACCUGUCAGUUUAUAUUCAAGGUUCAAAGUCUUUGUAUGAACAGGAUUCAGUGCAGGACAAUAAAUGAAUCAUUUACAGAAAAAGACAAGAGUCAUAUAUGAGACCGCCCGUCAUUAGAGGUAAAACAAACCCCAAAGAGAUGAGGAACUAAAUACUACUGACUGUAUAAUACAUUUAAUAACUGCUGAAGGACUGAUCAUAAUGUUUAUGUUUAUGUUUAUUUAUUUGCACUACUUAAAAACAACAAAAACAACAACAAUACAAGCACAAUAUAACAAAACAUGUGCGGGUGAGGUAGAAACCCAUUUUGGGCUUAUUUUAAAUCUCACCUAUAAAGCAAUAACACAAUUUACAAAGUAAAGCAGACAAAUAUAUAUAGUAUAUAUAUAUAUAUAUAUAUAUAUAUAUAUACACUGUGUACAUACAUCUACUGAUGCCUAGUCUGGACACAUCAUCAGUGAUGUUCCUGGAUUCAUUGGACGUUUCGGGUCUUUCAACAACAUACGCCCUCCUCCAGGUGACCCAGCCGGGGUUGAUCAAGUCCCGGCUUGUGUCCAGACAGCUAGCUAGCUACCAUAACUCCAUGGAUCUCCACGUUUUAGCCAUAGCCAUCUUGAGGCCCUUUCUGCCGCUUCGGUGGUGUUGCGGAUGGCUCUCCUCCUCCUCUCCCCAACGAUGCCCAGACUGCCGAAGGCACUGGCCAAGGAACGGGCUGCAAAACCCCUGCAACCAACCUCCACAGGGAAGCAUCUUGCUCUCCACCCAGCCAGUUGGCAGUUGCUGACCAGACCUGCAUAUUUGGAGAGCUUCCUCUCAAAGGCCUCUUCCAAGCGGUCUUCCCAUGGGACUGUCAGCUCCAGUAGGAUGACUUGUUUCGUUGACUCCGACACAAGGACAAUGUCUGGUCGUAGGGUGGUAAAUGCAAUGUGGCUGGGGAACUUAAGUUGUUUUUCAAGGUCCACCAACAACUGCCAGUCUCUUGCAGACAUCAGGAUGCCUGCAGAUGGUGUUCUUCUUCUAUAAACAUUAUACAAAAUAAUAUAGAGUAGCAUAGAACACACAAAGUGAACCAAUUCCAAGAAAAAAUAAUAAUUUAAAAAUAUCAAAAAAAUGAUAAAAAAAAAACAGGGAAAGAACAAAACAAAAAAUGAAAACAAAUGAAAAUUACAAAAAACACAUUUCAAGGUAUGUUAUGUAUUACAAUGUUUCAUGUUUAGAGCAUUUUUUAAUUUGAAUUUGAAUGUGGACAAGGACGGAAAUUAUUAAAUAAAUGCAAAUUACUGUUCCAUAAUUUGGCUCCAGGUAGGUAGGUUGGUAGGUAAAGGUUAUUGAUUUGCCUAGUGGAAUAUUGGUGAACCUGAGAAGUACAAAUAAAAAAAAUUGUGAGACUGACUGGUCAGGUUGCAGGUAAGUGCUUAGACUUGAAAACAAAAGUACAUACUUGAAAAGUAUUUAUAUCAAAAAUAGAUAGUACCUUACAUUUCAAGAAAAGUGGAGCAGUUACAUCGUGGUAUUUAGAAAAAGUUGCCAUUCUAACAUAAUGAAUCAGUGUCUAUAUUUCUGAGAUUGGAGAACAGAGAGCAGGUCCGUUGGAGGGUGGAAAUAAUGAGGGGAUGGAAAUAACAACAAAAGGAUUAUAUGUUAGUUUGUUAUUUAGGGUGAUUUUCUUUAUCCAGUCAUGUCAUCCUUGAGGGUGGUGGAGCUGUGUCUCUCAAAUACCUUGAAUACUUUGGUGCUAGAUUUCUGGAGCCGUGGGCCUCUGACAACCAUCAUAAAACAAGGACCUUGUCCCUAUUUAACAUCACUCAGGCUCCUAAAAUAUGUUGUGCUUUGUUAUUACCCCACAUGGACUCUCCUUCAGGUCAACAAGAUGCAAGCAGAAUGUUUGGAAACGUAGACGGCUAAAUAUACUUGAACAGUCUCAGACCAGUCUUUGUUACACUUGUGGCCUGAUGAAGCUGUAACCCAGAUCUGCAACCAGUAAAGUUUGUUAAACAGGUUUUUAUCUGUGUGUCAUAUUAGUACAAUUAGGGUUAGUUAAUAUUACUGAAGGUUUUUUUCUGUUGUAGUAUGAAGUCUGAGCUUCCUGAGUUUUAGGCACAGAGCAGAAAAUCACCACAUGAACAGAGUUCAGACAAAAACCAUCAAAUUUCUGUCCCUCUCUGUUUGAAUCAGGAGCAUGACUGUGAAGAGUCCAAUUAAACUGUGAAGCAGCUUUGUUUUCUGUAGCGGGUCAAAAAGAAGAAUCAGUCAAGAAUAAAACAAUCAUUUAACAUUUAACGAUACUUGAUAGAACAAAGUUCUUAGAUCAUAGAAGCUUGUAAAGAAAUAUGAAUUUCAGACUCUUUGACUCGGGUUCCAAUCAGGAUCUCUAUGAUUCAAAAAGAGAGAGUUUGCAGACAGAUCUUUGACUUAAGGAGAUGUAGAAACUUGAUCAUCUUCAUCUUCACACUCUCUUCCUGUUUGUAUCUCACCUGUUUGUCUAUUUUGUCCUCAGGUUGUAUAACUGGGUUUCAUCUUCCAUAGAUUUGUACAAAAUCAGAUGGAGAGGAUGAGUGAUGGUGUCAAGAAAAAGGAGGGCAGAACAGAGUCUGUCAUGUCUGACUGUCAGUCUGAGGAGAGUGACGGGUCUAAAGAUGAUCCACCGCUCUUCAGGGAAGAACCAGGACCCUCAGAUUCACAGUAAGAGAAAUACUUUUCACCCUCCAAACUCUCAAACAACAACAACUGAUGUUUUAAAAACCAGAACUUUAAAUCCUGACCCCUCUGUUUUCUACCAUGGUGAGAAAAAUGAUCUCCUCUGCUCUCAAAACGCUGAUUUUCCUCUUUAACCUCCAACCUGGAGAAAGUAAAGAAAAAGUCACUGAGCACAGAUUUACUUAUUAUUCCUAAUGUUGAUAAAAAUGAAGGUCGUAUAAAACAGCAUUUGAAGAGGAUUCUGACCUCUUUAUUUUCCUGAUUUGGUUCCUGUGUUUAGGACGUUUUGAGCCUGUAAGUCUUUGGACUGUGGUGUAUAGACCCCAGAAAACAGUCUGUGGGUCCCAAAAUACCAGAAGACCAAUGAAGAAAUAAAUCCUGAGAAAUAAAAACUCAUUCAAACAUCUGUCUGUUAUUAGACCUUUAGAUCUGAUUGGUCAAAAAAAUGUUUGAAACUGUCAGAGAAAAUCUCUCUACCUUCAAAAAUCACAGUUUAGUUUUUUCUCCUGUCUCCACACUUUGAGGCAGCAGCAGCUGAAUAUUUUACAGGAGAUUGUUUUAUGUUAGAGAAAAGAGUGAGGUCAGAAACUCUGGUUUAAUAAAUGCUUCUUAUUCUGUAUCUUUCAAACAUGAAAUGAUAAAGAAAAUAAAUGUUCUUUAUUUCCACAGAGAGACACAGAGAUUUGUGGAGGAGCAGCUGUCCAGCUCUGAUGGAAGUAAGUCUGAACAUCUGUCCUUUAAAGUCUGUGUGGAUGAAAACUCAGCUGACUGAUUUUUCACAAAGACGUUUUAGUGUUGAGAAGUUUGGUUCAUUUUAUUUUUCUUCUCUUUCAGAAGAUGGCAGUCUGCAGGAGGUUUUAGAUGAACAUAAGAUCAGUCUGAAGAGGAGAUGUGAACGUGUGAAUGAAGGAAGUGAUGAAACAGGAAGUAGUCAAACCCUCCUCAACGGUAUCUUCACUGAGCUCUACAUCACAGAGGGACUGAGUGAAGAGGUGAACACCCAACAUGAGGUGAGACAGCUGGAGACCACUUCAAAGAUGAAGACCCUCCAUGACACGCCCAUCAGGUGUCAUGAGAUCUUUAAAACCUUACCUGACCAACAGAAGAAGGUCAUCAGAGUGGUUCUGACCAACGGCGUGGCUGGUGUUGGAAAAACCUUCUCAGUGCAGAAGUUCACUCUGGACUGGGCAGAGGGUUUGGAGAACCAAGACCUCCAUCUGGUGGUCCUGCUUUCAUUCAGGGAGCUGAACCUGAUCAGAGGUGAGCGCUUCAGUCUUCUGAGUCUGCUCCAUGUUUUCCAUCCAACACUAGAGAAGGUCACAGCAGAGACGCUGGCUGUCUGUAAACUUCUGUUCAUCUUUGACGGUCUGGAUGAAAGCAGACUGUCUCUGGAUUUCACAGACUCUGAGGUGGUGUCUGACGUCACACAGAAGUCUUCACUCAACGUUCUGUUAACAAACCUCAUCAAGGGGAACCUGCUCCCCUCAGCUCUCAUCUGGAUAACUUCUCGACCUGCAGCAGCCAAUCAGAUCCCUCCUUCACGUGUGGACAGGGUAACAGAAGUACGAGGCUUCACUGACGCCCAGAAGGAGGAGUACUUCAGGAAGAGGUUCAGAGAUGAAGAUCUGUCCGGAAGAAUCAUCUCACACAUCAAGUCCUCCAGGAGCCUCCACAUCAUGUGUCAGAUCCCGGUCUUCUGCUGGAUCACUGCUACAGUUCUGGAGGACAUGAUGAGCAGAGAGCAGAGAGGAGAGCUGCCCAAGACCCUGACGGACAUGUACUCACACUUCCUGCUGGUCCAGACUCAGAGGAAGAAGCAGAAGUAUGAAGGAGGACAUGAGACAAGUCCUCAGGAGCUGACUGAGGCUGACAGUGAAGUCCUCCUGAAGCUGGGGAGGCUGGCCUUUGAACAUCUGGAGAAAGGAAACAUCAUGUUCUACCAAGAAGACCUGGAGCGGUGUGGUCUGGAUGUCUCAGAGGCCUCGGUGUACUCAGGAGUUUGUACAGAGAUCUUCAGAAGAGAGAGUGUGAUCUUCCAGAAAACUGUUUACUGUUUCGUUCAUCUGAGCGUUCAGGAGUUUCUGGCUGCAGUCUACAGGAUCCACAGUUUCACAAAGAGGGAGAGAAAAGCUCUGAAGACUUUCCUAAGAGGCAACAAAGACAAAAUGUUUUCUUCAAAGAUGGUUUCUUAUUCUUCUAAAAACCUGGAUGACUGUUUCUCAUCUCUCGAGGUCUUCCUGAAGAGUGUCAUGGAGAAAUCCCUUCUCAGUAAAAACGGUCACCUGGACCUGUUUGUUCGUUUCCUUCAUGGACUCUCUCUGGAGUCAAACCAGAGACUCUUAGGAGGUCUGCUGGGUCACACAGACAACAGUCCAGAAAUAAUCCAAAGAGUCAUCAAGAACCUGAAGUGGAUGAACAGUGAUUAUAUCUCUCCUGACAGAAGCAUCAACAUCUUCCACUGUCUGAUGGAGAUGAAUGAUCUGUCAGUUCAUCAGGAGAUCCAAGAGUUCCUGAAGUCAGAGAACAGAUCAGGGGAGAUCCUCUCAGAGAUCCACUGCUCUGCUCUGGCCUACAUGCUGCAGAUGUCAGAGGAGGUUCUGGAUGAGUUGAACUUAUAUAAUUAUAACACAUCAAUCCAGGGAAAACAGAGACUGAUCCCAGCUGUGAGGAACUGCAGAAAGGCUCAGUAAGUCCAGGUUUUAUUCUCAGAAUAGUGUAAAUGAUCCCUGUAGUUCUUCUAAUGUCCACGUUACUGAUGAUGUUCUUCUUCAAAUAGAAAUCCACUCAAAUAUCAGGGAGGGGGUUUCUUUAGCAAAAACAUGAUCCUGGUGUCUAAAGUCCUGUGAGCCCAGGAUGAGGUCUACCUGUGGACCCCUGAGAACUUGUCCUGAUUGUGGAGGACCUCUUUGUUGUGAAUCAUGUCUGUAAUGAAUAAAGUGGAACUUUCAGGACAAAUCAGCGACCAUAUCUGAGGACACACAGAGGUCUUCUGAUGAUGGUAUCAGUCCAGAUCAACAUCUCAGUCAGUUGUGGUGAACUUGAGUUUGAAGAAGGUGUCUGCAGCUUCUUCCUGCUGGUUUUCAGGUUGGAAAUGAUGAAUGUGUUGUAAAUGAGGGUGUUGACAGCAUUGAUGGUGAAAAUAGAACUGGAUCAUUUUCUACACAGUGGCAGAACUGUCUCUGUACCAUCAUGUUCAUCAUUCAAUAUUCAUCAUCAAUACAACCAUGAAAACUAACAUCAUUUUCCACCACUCACUGGAGAUUAUCUGCUGGACUAGAACAUAUGAAUGAUGAGAACACAGGAGUUAUUUGGACAGCAGCUCCAUGUGUCUGAAAACAAUGGUGGAAAUAGGAUGUUAUUCUCUCUCUCUCUCUCUCUCUCUCUCUCUCUCUCUCUCUCUCUCUCUCUCUCUCUCUCUGCCCUCGGUGCUGCAGGUUGGCACUGACACCAGUCUGCCUCAUAACACCUCAUAGCAUGUGGAAACAGCCGUGCUGUUCCACUGUAUAUAUGGACACCAUGUCUCUAAGGAGAAGCAGCGUGACUGCAUCAUCAUCAUCAUCAUCAUCAUCAUCAUCAUCAUCAGUUUUCCAUGGUGUCCCUUUGUUGUCAUGGUGAUGCAGAGUGAAGAUGAUUCCUCUAAUGUUGAGGUGUUGGUGGGCUGUAGCGGUCACAUUUCUCCCACUCGGCUGCACGCCUCUGUUUAAGAUGUUGAUGUAAAUUGGUCAGACUGCUGCCUUCUGCUGAAACAGCCUUUAAACAAACACUGCAGCAGACUGGGGUUUGAUCCAGGUCUGAGUCUGUGAGACUGAACCAGGUCUAAAGGACUAAUAAGACAGACUUUUUUAAGGAGCAGAAAAGUCUGUUUUUGGCCAUAACUAGCAUGGCUGUCAUUAGGUUGAAUUAAUACAGGUAGAGAGAGAGAGAGAGAGAGAGAGAGAGAGAGAGAGAGAGAGUGAGAGAGAGAUCACCAGAGCCCAAAGACAGAGGUUCAGUGGGUCUUUGUUUCUGUCUCUUAAAGGUCUCUCUGGAUUCAUCAGGCUUUAUAAACUUGUUUCUGCUGCUGAAGGGAAUGUUACAUGGAGAAAAAACUUUCAUUGUGAAAAAAAAGAAAUCUUCAACUCUUCAAAUGUUCAGAGUCAAACCAGCUCUAACCUGCUAAAAAAAUUGUUUUAUCUGAACCAAUCAUAGAAAAAGGAGCUGCUGUGAUUUAGUGAGUCGUCCUCUGAUUGGUCAACAGUCAGUGUCUAUGGAAAGACUUACACUACAGCAGGAUGUCAACAUUAAACACUGAGAGGAGCACUGAUUCUCCAAGAGGUACUUUGGAUACUAACCAAUCACAUACCAGGACCAAAAACCUGGUUCUCAGUCCCCUUCUCCAACCAGAACUCAAGAAUUCACUCAAUCAUAAUGAUCCAGCUGCACUAACAUGAAGACAACACUGUUAGAGAACAGAAUGACUAAAAUAAGUCAUGGAGUCAUUUGUCUUGAACAUCUGAACAGUUUUUUUUUCUUCUAAACUUUGACUUCCUGUCUUCUCUCAUGGCUGUGGUCCUGAUAUUAGUAUCUGUCUGGUUAAAAACAGGCCGUCUGUCAAACCAAAGAUCAUGUUUGUUUUUGGUGAAGAGAAACAUCAAAUUACCCUUUAAUGAAAUAUUGUUUGAUAUUUAUGUUGUUACAGAUUUUUGGCCUGUGGACUCUCAGAGACUCACUGUGAAGUUGUGGCCUCAGCUCUGAAGUCCAACCCCUCCCAUCUGAGACAUCUGAACCUGAGUGGAAACAAACUGUGGGAUUCAGGAGUGAAGCUUCUCUCUGUAGGACUGCAGAGUCCAAACUGCAGACUGGAGACUCUGAAGUGAGACACCAUUUCCUUCUGAUCUAACAAUAAGAUGUGACAGCUGCUGCCUUAGAUUUUUCUCUGUGGUUUUUCCAUCAACUUUGGUCGAGCAGUUUGAAUUUGUCGUUGUAAAACUUCAACACAGGAAGAAAAAUCCGACAUUUCAGAGUUGACUUUGAGGAGAACGAUGGAUGUAGAAAGGAAGCAGGAGAAAAUCAGUCCCACAAAUAUUACACAUGCUAGUAGAGGGCAGGAGCAGCACAGACUAAAGGCUGAUAUUGAACUGAUCCACAGUUAAUGUGAUCACUAAUGAAUGAAUGAAGUGUCAGAGAAAUGAUGAGCUGCAGAUUGAAACCUGAAGAACAAAGUUAAUCCAACUCUGGAUAUUUCAUUUGGAAACUCUUGAAAACUUGAAUUUCUUCUUUGCUCAGUCGUGUUCAAAUGUAAAAACCAGAUCCAGAUUUUUCUGCAGUUUUCACUUCAGUUUGUUGAACAUUAACAUCAUCUUGUCCAGUUGGUCCAUAAAAACCUCUCUGAUCAAUGAUCUGUUGGUUUAUUUAAGAGUAGUUUGGCAGUUGUUGACAGCAGACGGACGGACCCCUGAAUAAACUCCUGACUAUUUUCAAAAAUCUUCUCAAAAAGUUUAGAGAAGAUUUUAUAAAGUUCCUCAAGAUCAACUCUGAAAAAGUUCUUCAUCCAUGUCCUUCAGGGGCUCAAGAACAUUGAAUCAUUAAAAGCAGGAACAGUUUCUUCAGAGGUAAUGUGACAGCUGUUUUUUUAAUUAACUUUUAGAUUUGGAGUUUUAGUCUUUUAAUUUCAUAGACAUUUUGAACAUAUUCAUUAGUUAUUAUUGAUUAAGUACAACCACAUCAUACUGAUAUCAGACAGGAGUGUGACAGGUGAUUAUUAGUCUUUUUGACACGUUACAAUAAUGAGGAUAAAGUCAUGGACUAAACUUGGGCUCCCAGUUUCCUUUUUGUUGUUGUUUCUUCAGCUAGCAUCAUUGUUUUCAUCACAGUUAUUAAAGUGAUAAUUAUGCUUCAUAAAUUCAGAGUCACAAAAAACAACAAACAAACCAAAUCUGAAAAAAAUCCACUUUUUCAUCAAAUGUGUUUAACAGUCAGAACAUGAGUUUUGAGUUUUCAUGAGGAGGAAACGAGAAAGAUCUGCUCUGACAGUUAGAAACACAGACGCCUGAAUUUACACUGACAGACACACAAAUACAGACAGAGAGACACAGACAGAGACACAGACAGAGACACAAACACACAAACACAGACAGAGAUUUUCCUCUUUGUCUCUUUGCUGUGAUGACUGAAGUCACAAAAACAAAGUUUUCUUUGUCACUUUUAUGAUUGAACCAAAUGAGUUAAAGAACCAAACUCUCAGAUUUUGUUCUUCUCAAUAUUAUUUGAACCAUUUAGAUUUUUCUUCUGAUCAAUAUUCAAUAAUCAGAUUGAUCAGGUUCCUGUUUUGGCUCCACUGCCUCUUUUCUGUGAGCUCAAUAACUGCUCAUAUCAUUUGAAAGGUUCCUGCAGUAAAACCCGAUUAGAGAGUGGACUAAAUGAAAUGUGAGUGAACUCAGCCAUCAGUGAAUCAAUGACAAAGUGAGAGGAAGAGUGGAUCUGUCUGCUGUCUGACCUUGUUGAUCCUGAUGAAGGUGAGGGAGAAGAGUAAAGCAGUAAAGGUGAUGUUGUUGCAGACAGAGUCAGCUGACCUGUCUCAUCAGAGUCUCAUCCAUUCUCUGUUUGGCAGAGCGCUGAUGUUACAGUCUGAGAGCACAUUCAGGUUCAGGUUCACAUGGGCUGGAUCUGCUAAAUACAAACUCUUGAGACCAGCCUGGUUGAGGGAGGUCCGCUCAGUGUCCUGGGUGACUCUCUCUGAGCUCUUCUUGGUUGAGAGUAUUUCUGGUUUGUCUCUGACUUCCAUGGACUCAGAUCUGGAGGAUUGCUGGCUGGUCCGGUCCAGUGCUGACAGUAGAGACAACACAGUCUGUUAUUCUGGGUUGAGUGUUAUUGUUGAAGAUCAGUGUACAGUGAGGGAUGAAGGCAGACAAAGAUCCUCCUGUUUCCUCCAUGUCACAGUUCAAGUUCAUUUUGAAGACUUUUAUUGAUCCGAGCGCUGAAGAGGAACAGGAAACGUGGAGUAGAGAGUGAGGGAGGACUUACAGCAAAGAAUCAUGGGAGUCCAACCAGCAACUGCUGCAAAUAGGACUCCACCUUAUGAACACCUGAACCUCUAAUCCAAACCAGUGCUCCAUCACAUUUGAUGUCUGUUAUUUUACAUGGAGGGUCAGAGCAGACCAGAUAAUGAGCUCUGACAGACUGGAUCUGGUCCAAAGGUCUCCUGUUGGAGUUCUCUAAGCUCCAUAUUUUAAACCUGAACACCUGAAGUUUGAUUAUUAAUUAUUUUUAUCUUCAUGCUCUUUCCUUUUUUUUCAGACUGUAUGACUGCAGUUUGACAGAGAUCAGCUGUUCUUCUCUAACCUCAGCUCUGAAGUCCAACCCCUCCCAUCUGAGACAUCUGGACCUGAGUGACAACAAUCUGCAGGAUUCAGGAGUGAAGCUGCUGUGUGACCUUCUGCAGAGUCAAAACUGUAAACUGGAGACUCUGAGGUCAGACUUUUUUCCUCCAUUCAAACAUUAUCAUGAUUUGUUUGUGAUGAUGACACUAAACUGCUGACUCAGGACUGAAAUACUGACCCAGACUGAACACCUUCAGUCCAGAGUAGAUUUUCUGCAUCAGUGGAUUAUUUGAUUGACUCCAGUUAGAUCACUGCUGAGCUCCAGUGAACUAAAACCUGAACCCAAGAAGAAAACUCUUUGUAGAGUUCACAGUGAGAAGCACAUUCAGACAGAAAACAGAAGCAGGGGGAGAUUUGUCCGACGAGAACCAUUCAAACUUUUGUUCAGGACAAGAUCAGGGACUAGAAAAAACUCAGAGUUUAGUUUCUGACACUGAUGAAAGUCCAGCUCUGUUACUUUGAAUUUUGAUUGUUUUUGUGAAUCUUUGUGUGAAAAUCUGAAAUUUCUGGUUUAUCUUCACUUUUCUGAAGCCUUGCUGUGUUUAGACUGAAAUAUUUACCCUCAAAGACAUGAUAUUUUUGGUUCAGCAAAGUGAAAAUAUUCUGAACAUCCUUCAUUUCCCACCCGUCCUGAAGUCGCUGACAUUUUCUGAAAAUAUUGAGCUGCAUCUACAAUCAGUAAAAAAGUCUCUGAGUUUUUUAUUUCACUAUUUAAUGUGUUUUUGAAUUCACUGUUUCAAACUGACUUCCUGUUUGGUUCAGCUCUUUGGAGCGUCACUUUUCUUUGAUUCAUACUUUCCAAACCUUUCCCCUAAACUCUACAGAUUUAAGACAUCAGGUUUGGAUCAUUUUUGUCUAAAAUCUCAUUAUUUCCUCUUUGUUUAGGUUGAAGAGGUGCAGUUUGACAAAGAUCAGCUGUUCUUCUCUGGCCUCAUCUCUGAAGUCCAACCCCUCUCAUCUGAGACAUCUGGAUCUGAAUUUCAACAAGCUGCAGGAUUCAGACAUGAAGCUGCUGUGUGAUCUUCAGAAGAGUCCAGACUACAGACUGGAGGAUCUGAUGUCAGUCUAGAGUUGGAGUUAGUCUGUGCUGAUCUCUCCUGUUCCUCUCCACACAGUAUCACAGCAGAUAUUCAGUAUUUACUGCUGACUCUUCGACCCUCUCAGAGGAUUAUUUCUUUAGUGAAGCUGUGAGAACAGAAAUCAUCAAACCAGGAGUGUAAGAGUGUCAGUGAUGAAAAAAGUGUCUCCUCGUCUCUAUAUUUCAGAUCAAAUGUAGAAAUGCGACAUAAUGAAAUAGAAAUGUUCAGUUUCUGCUCUGAAGUCCAGUUUAUAGUUCUCUGUAUUCAACACAGACUUUAUUUCUCUGCUAACUUGUUGAUUUUGACCUCUAAGUCUGAAAACAGACAGCUGUUCUUUAUACUUGUUAUUUUCACAGCAGGUUUGUUCGAUCAGCUUUAACACAUUUGACAGGAAUGAUUUCUUUAUUUUGAUGAUGUUGGUUUAUUUGUGAGGAAACCUGCUGCUUUACACCAUCACUUCUGGUCUGAGCAGGACUGAGACCUGCUGGUCUGUAAACUGGAUGUUCUUCAGUCCAGCUGAUGAAGUGAGUCUCAGAGUGGAAACACUGAUCGUGUUUUUUUCUCUCCUCAGAUGGUGGUUGUAGCUGUCAGAGUGAUUAAGAAGAGGAUCAUGUGUUUCCUGAUGAUCAGAGAGGUGGAGGCAGCAGCAGUGAGGGUGAGGUGAGUCUCUGACUGGGCCGUGUUACUGAGAGACUGACUGACCAAUCACAGCGGGCGGAGAGGACUCUGGGAGCUGCACUUUGACCUGCUCUGAGAUCAGCUCAGGACCUGGACUCUGGAUAUUUGAUAUUUUCCCUCAUAUUCUGGGAUCAAACAGUCUGAACAGGUUUGUUUUGUUGAUGGAAACAUGAUCAUGAAUUUACACUUUGAUUGGAUUACUUUGUUUUUACCAUGAUGCAGCGCCACCCAGUGGAAAUAUAAAGAGGUGGAGUUGAUUUAUUCCCACAUAUUUCUGCAGCAGGAGUUGAUACCAUGUGUGAGAGUAGAUCAGUCAGAAGUUCUGAUUAAACCCAAAAGGUUUUUUCUUUCCUUUGCACCGUUAGAGACCGAAUAUAAACUGAAGGGAGAAGAAGCGAAGUGAGGAGAGAUGGAGGUGAAGGGAGGAGGACAGGGUUUGGGGUUUUAACAAAAAUCAGAAGCUUUAUUCUUUCACUCGAUUAUUUUUAUUCAUCUGUUUUCAUUUUCUGAAAUGAUUGUAAAUAUUGACUGGAGGUAAAUUGACCUUAUUUUAUAUUAUUAGACAUUAUUUUCUUCUCUUUACAUGUUUUUGUUCUCAUAUCAUCUUUGUGCUCAUCAAUAAUCGAUUCCCUCCUGUUUGGAUGAACAAACACAAUUAUUAAACCAUAAAUGAGACCUGAAAGUAAAAGUAAAAUGUGUGAAAUAUAAUUAGUUAAAGGAAAGAUUCUUGAACAAAAACAAAAACAUUAUUUUUACUUUAUUAUGAUGGAGAAGUUUUCCUCUGACAGACAAAAAUAACCGUAUUGACUGGAGUCUGGAAAAAGUGAGAUCAGCAUCUAUUCAGGGUGAAGUCAUUAACGUGGUCGAUGCUGUUUUAUAAACUCAGUGUUGUUGAUUACAAUCUCAGCUUCAUAAAUUGAUGCUACAGUGGAGUGACUUCCUGUAAAAUCCACUGGCUUUGUGAGACCGUCAGCUUUCAGGAGAUAAGUUUGUGUUUCUGUGACACUCCAAAGCUUUUCUAUCCCACAGAGAAGAUCGAUGUGUUUUCAGAGACCUUCCUGAUCCCAUCCCUCCAAAAUGAAAAUAAUCUGAUGGUUUAUGGAUUCAUUUCAGUAACAAAGUGUCAUUUCUGUUGUUAGCCAAUCAGAGGCUGUAUCUGCCAUCGGCUGACCCGUAAAGGUCCAAUCAUAAGCCAGGACAGCUCAUGUCACAGUCUGCUCACAGCAGAGAAACAGGAAACAUAGAACUAUUGUGAACAGAUUUGUCCUCUUCAGCUUAUCUAGUAUCAAUAGAUCUGUGCUCUGUCUGCGUAACACUAUGUUGGUUCUUCAUUUACACCAGAUCAUUUUUUAUAUCAUUUCACAAUGUCAUUUAAAGAUAAUAAAAACUAUAUUUGAACCAAAACAUGUUAAAAACAUCAACUCAGCUUGUUUCAUUCACUGUGUCCAAUUGAUUAUUAUUAUUAUUUUCAUUCAAACAAAAACUAGAUCUGGUCUUUAAAAAGUCCUCAAAGUGAGUCUAAGCAGUGGGGGAAGGUUUUAUCAUCAGAGUGCUCCUAUAUUCAGGUCAAUACAGUAGUGGAUCAUAGAGACUCAAAGCCUUGAUUCAGCUGAGGCUGGAGGACGCUGCGUGAAGGAAAGUCGGUGUGUUUAGUUGGUCUUAGUUUUUAUGAAGCAGGAACUUUGAUUUGAUCGUCUUUUCUUGGAAAUCAAAGUUCCUGUUGGACUCAAAGAUAAAGUCUGGGAUCCCCGUCAGGUUUGAAGACUUUAGUCUCACAGCAGAGUGAUUGUGGCUCUGAGAUGUUUGGACAUGUUGAAACUGAAGCUUUUCUUUGAGAAAAAAAAAAAACAACAAUCUUGCAGCACAGUUGAUUCAUGUGUUUUCAUUUGUGAUAUUCUCUCUAUCAAUCAAUCAAUCAAACUUUAUUUAUAUAGCACCUUUCAUGCUUUUAAGCUGCAACACAAAGUGCUUUACAAAAAGGUAAAUACAAACAACGUUAAAAAGGUGGGUUAUUGUUCAUUCAAAGUAUGUGGUAGACAAAUCCACACAUCUAACAGAAAAAAGGUAAAAUAUGAAGAUAGGAGAUUUCUGCAUGACAUCAACAAUAUCCUAGAUUUAGUUUUCUAAGCAACAGGUGGUCGUCUCUUAUAGGGGGUACUAUGGUCCAGAAAUUUGAAAAGGGGUCACUAAAUGUUACGUACCAAAAGAUCUACAACAGUAACAUAAAAAGACCCCAGGUUAAGUAACGGCAUCCAGGUAAUUAAUCAAACAGAAAUGUUUAUUCUCUGAGGUUAAACAACCAACUUAAAAAAAAGCAAAAAGCUGAGAAAAACACCAAUACAACUCCAAUAGUAAGCCAAGGUAAAAAAAGGAAAAUAGCAAAUGCACUGCAGGCUCCACUGCCACUGGAGGCCUGCUCAGUCCAUCCACUGAACCACACCAGAGUCACACACUCUUGUUCAAACAGGUCCACACAAGAUCGCUGACAGAGGAGGGAAUGAGAGAGAGACCACAGUACACUCUUCCUUUAUAUAGUCUGCUACCGUAGACUGUAUAUAAGAUGGACAACCUGUUUCCACCUUCCGCCUGUAUACGGAUUUGAAGCCAAAAAGCUCUUGGUAAUUCCGGAUUUUUCUCCACUUCCUUGAAAACAGAGCUGCGCAGUAGCGAUGAGCGCAUUCAGCCGCACAGUCGCCGAGAGUCACUAGCUACGUUUACAUGGAGCCAAAUAUUCCGAAUAUAAUCGGAAUAGAAGCCCAAUCGGAAUGAAAAUGCUCCAUAUAAACACCUCAUUCGGAAUAAACAGGCCCAUUCCGAAUGGAAUUUCAUUCCGAUUCACAGGGGUAGAAUGUUCCUUUUCCCAUUCCGAUUAAAAGCAAAAUCCUGUCAUGUAAACGGUGAAUCGGAAAGUUGUCAGGCUGGGUUCUGUCUGCGCCUGCUCUGUCCUGAUGUAAACAAGCAGUGACGUAUGACUCACAUGGAAACAUGAUGGCGGCUUCCAAGCAGAGCACGAUGCACUGGUCUGCGUCGGAGAUCACGUGAUCAGUCAAUCACGUGAUGUUUGAAGGUAUCACGUGUCUGUAAAUAGCUGUUCCGAUUGAAUGCCGUGGCACAUGUAAACACCAGCUCAGAAUAGAUCGCUUCCAUGUAAACAGUUCGCCUGGGAGCUUCAAUCGGAAUGAUUAUAAUCCGAAUGAGAAAAAAGUCUGCAUGUAAACGUGGCUAUUGUGAUGAUGCUCAGCUUAAACAGCGUAUCCCCCGGGAGAGCUACGCAAUCCCUGAAGUGUUCCUGAGCCCAUGUGGUGAUAUCCUUUACACAUUGAUGUCGGUUUUUGAUACAGUGCUGCCUGAGGGAUCGAAGGUCACGGGCAUUCAAUGUUAGUUUCUGUCCAUGCCGCUUACAUGCAGUGAUUUCUCCAGAUUCUCUGAACCUUUUGAUGAUAUUGUGGACCGUAGCUGUUGAUAUCACUAAAUUCCUUGCAAUUGUACUUUGAGAAACGUUCUUAAACUGUUCGACUGUUUGCUCACUCAGUUGUUCACAAAGUGGUGAACCUCGCCCUAUCCUCGCUUGUGAAUGACUGAGAAUUUUUGGGGAAGCUGCUUUUAUACCCAAUCAUGGCACCCACCUGUUCCCUAUAAGCCUGCUCACCUGUGGGAUGUUCCAAAUAGGUGUUUGAUGAGCAUUCCUCAAAUUUCUCAGUAAUUUUUUGUCACCUUUCCCAACUACUUUGUCAUGUGUUGCUGCCAUCAAAUUCUAAAGUAAGUAUUAUUUGCAAAAAAAAAUAAAGUUUAUGAGUUUGAAUAUUAAGUAUCUCGUCUUUGUUGUGUAUUCAAAUGAAUAUAGGUCGAAAAGGAUUUGCAAAUCAUUGUAUUCUGUUUUUAUUUACGUUUAUCACAAUUUCCCAACUUCGAUGGAUUGGGUUUUGUCCUUGUGGAGAAUUUCAUGAUGAUGUAGUAUCUGCAUAAAUAAGAGGGAGGACUGUUAGUUAAUGUGUCUUUCUAGAUUGCAGAUUCUCAGAGUGAUGGAUACACACAGGAGAAUGACAGCUGAGGAGUCUGACUGUUCUUCAUGUCAUGAUGGAUCUCAGUGCAGCUUGAAUAGAGGUGAGUCUAAAUAAAUGAAGCAAACAAAAAUCACUUUGUUAAACCUGCAUAAUAAAGACACUGCUGUAGGCUCAGAGGCUUGUUUGUGAACUCAAAGUGCUUCAGUCAGCUGUUGACAGUGUUUGUGUUUGUACCACAUUGUGGACAAGUCUAUGAAUUUCUGAACGUCUCAUGUAAUUGUCCAUGAUACAUUUAUCGUUAAAUGCAGUAAAUCUGAUUUAAUCUGAUCUGAUGGAAUAAUGAAGGGCACAGCAGCAGGGUUACAGUCAGUAGUUCAUGGAUGUCUGUGUGAUUUGGUGAUCAAACUUGUUGUUUCCUGUAAAUAUCAAGGGGAGGAGAAACUUCACAAUAAAACAAUAAAAGUAAAACUGUUCAAAGUUCAGACUUCAGAGUGAGUCAGCACAGAGAGAAACAAGGACACUUGUAACAGGGUGAGUGUUAAUUCAGUGUUACUGUUUGGUUUUCAGAGUCUGUUAUUCAUCAGAAGUGUUUUUGUUUAUUUUUACACUUAAAAAAGCUAAGCAGUGAAAAUUGAUCAGAUAUGUUGUUGGAUUAAUUCCUCGUCCAGUAAACUGUGAGUGUGCUGUUCUUCCUGUUUCUCUGCCUUUGGUGAGAUGAGCCCAAAAUUACACUUCAUAUUUUUGUGAACUUUAACAGACUUCACGGAUUAUCUUUACACUGUGAGUCAGACAAGGAUGAGAAAUCCAAACUAAUGCUGUGGAUACUGAUCAAACAGGUGAUUUCAAACUCUGACAGACCCUCCAACUUUCUGUCAGGAUUCACUUCUCUGAGCUCACAGCCAUCAUUACUGCUUUUUCAGACUCAGAGGAGUUUAGGAGAGCACAGGUCUGGAUGUUUGGUAUUAAAGCUUGUAGUCAAAGUUUCUCAGAUACUGUAAUAACAUCUGUAACCUCUAACCAACAUUAUCACUUAAUACAGCCACAAUAAAACAAUUGAAGUUGACCAGAGGUUGUUUUUCAAACACUGUGAAGAUCUUCAUGCUGUUGUUUUAUCUUCUGUUCUUCCAUAAAGCUGGUUCAAAGUUCCUUUAUUGCUGUUAAAUAUUAACCUAUCAGUUUAUAUUCAAGGUCCAAAGUCUUUGUAUGAACAGGAUUCAGUGCAGGACUGUAACAGAUCAGGACAAUAAAUGAAUAAUUUACAGAAAAAGACAAGAGUCAUAUAGGAGACCGCCCGCCAUUAGAGGUAAAACAAACUCCAAAGAGAUGAGGAACUAAAUACUACUGACUGUAUAAUACAUUUAAUAACUGCUGAAGGACUGAUCAUAAUGUUUAUGUUUAUGUUUAUUUAUUUGCACUACUUAAAAACAACAAAAACAACAACAAUACAAGCACAAUAUAACAAAACAUGUGCAGGUGAGGUAGAAACCCAUUUUGGGCUUAUUUAAAACCUGACCUAUAAAGCAAUAACACAAUUUACAAAGUAAAGCACACAAAUAUACAUAUAUAUAUAUAUAUAUAUAUAUAUAUAUAUAUAUAUAUAUAUAUAUAUAUAUAUACAUACCAUUAUACAAAAUAAUAUAGAGUAGCAUAGAACACACAAAGUGAACCAAUUCCAAGAAAAAAUAAUUUAAAAAUAUCAAAAUGAUGAUAAAAACAAACAAAAAAACAGAAAACAAAUAAAAACACAAAAAAAAAAACCAAAGAGAAAGAACAAAACAAAAAACGAAAACAAAUGAAAAUUACAAAAAAAAAAAAAACACAUUUCAAGGUAUGUUAUGUAUUACAAUGUUUCAUGAUUAGAGCAUUUUUUUUAUUUGAAUUUGAAUGUGGACAAGGACGGACAAUUAUUCAAUAAAUGCAAAUUACUGUUCCAUAAUUUGGCUCCACGGUAUCGUAUUGAAAAUUGUGCACAAGAUGAAUGAUACAGAGGUAGGUAAAGGUUGUUGAUUUGCCUAGUGGAAUAUCUGAGAACCUGAGAAGUACAAAUAAAAAAAAUUGUGAGACUGACUGGUAAGGUUGCAGGUAAGUGUUUAGACUUGAAAACAAAAGUACAUAUUGGAAAAGUAUUUAUAUCAAAAAUAGAUAGUACCUUAAAUUUCAAGAAAAGUGGAGCAGUUACAUCGUGGUAUUUAGAAAAAGUUGCCAUUCUAACAUAAUGAACCAGUGUCUAUAUUUCUGAGAUUGGAGAACAGAGGUCCGUUAGAGGGUGGAAAUAAUGAGGGGAUGGAAAUAACAACAAAAGGAUUAUGGGCUCUAUUUUCGUGCCUCGCUGGAGACGUGCCGCAGGCGUGGCGUAAGUCAGGUCCGCCGCGCUGACAAGGUGUACCCAAGCACAAUUUGGUAUUUUGGUGAGCAGCGCAGCCCGGCGUUAGUAUCCCCCCUCCCUAACUCAGCUCCUCCCAGCGGCGUAAGUCGUAGACGGGGAGGAGAGAGGGCGUGGAGUGGGUUUAACACAGCCGAGACCUGUUUUCACCAAUCACAUAAGCUCCUCUCCUUGCCUUUAAAUCCGUCACCGGCGAGGCGUAUUACAAUUUUCAUGAAGUAGUCAAAGAGAUCAAGAGAUGUCUGAAGACAGUAAUGCCACACGAUGGCGACAGAAGGCAGCUCCUCAACAAGUGUCACUGUAAGCACUGCAGAGGGCGUUCUGCACACUGUCUCAUAUAAGCACAGAUGGAUUUGGUGUGUGUAAUGUUGGACCCACUGGUAAGACAAACACCCUUUUCCACAAAUAAAGGUGAGGACAAAGGUGGGUUGUGCGCACAGAUCACAACAUUAACUCCAAUAAUGGCAUUAAAAUCGGAACCACCUGUGCGUAAAGGACGCAUUGCGCUCCCUGGCCGGGCUCUUUGUUGGCAUAUAAAAUAAAUUUGCCUCACAAAACUGAAUAUUAUAAUAUCCGUAUGUCGGCUUAAAGUAAAAAACUCAUCUGAUCACUGAAACAAAUCAUCUGUUCAGCCGCCGCAGCAGCAAGACGGACAGAGGACACGGAGACGUGUCCAGGUCGAGCUGUGCGAGAAAUAAGAGGAGGAGGAAGAUAGAAAUGGGGGGAGACAAAUUAAAUAUCUUGUUAACUUCAUCAUGUGUGUUUAUUUACUAGAUAUUUAAUUUAAUUUGAUGCGGUUUCAGCUGUGUUGAUUCGGUCAGGUUGUGUGUCCAAACGCGUGCCAAACAAGCUCAUCAGAUCAGAUAUAGAUCAGAAUAUAUCGAUAGAUCUAAAUGUAUGUGCUGACUCAUAUUAUUACUUGUUGUUGAUUAUUUAUUGCACUGAAAUGUGCCUGACACUGUGGAAACCUGCCGGUGAGGCAUCGGUGACGUAUGCCGAUACGCCGCCGGUCUACUACAAUACCACCAGACCAGCUGCGCUCCGCCUGUGCUGAAAGCCGACCAGGUUUGAAUCGGUGAGCUUUCAGCACACUUUACACUCCAGUGGCAAGCACAAAAAUGUCACUGCGCCCGCUGAUUCUGUCGACACUUGCCCCUGCCACGCCACCACGCCCAGCUUGGCGGUUCUCGGUGCACCUCAGUCCACGUAAAUACCAAACUGGCCGUACGCCGGGCUCCGCCAGACGAAAAUACCACCUCCCCGGCGUACACGAAAAUAGAGCCCUAGAUGUUUGUUGUUAGGGUGAUUUUCUUCAGUCAGUCAUGUUAUCCUUGAGGUUGGUGGAGCUGUGUCUCUCAAAUACCUUGAAUACUUUGGUGCUAGAUUUCUGGAGCCAUGGGCCUCCGACAACCAUCAUAAAACAAGGACCUUGUCCUCAUGUUUAACAUCACUCAGGCUCCUAAAAUAUGUUGUGCUUUGUUAUUACCCCACAUGGACUCUCCUUCAGGUCAACAAGAUACAAGCAGAAUGUUUGGAAACGUGGACGGCUAAAUAUACUUGAACAGUCUCAGACCAGUCUUUGUUACACUUGUGGCCUGAUGAAGCUGUAACCCAGAUCUGCAACCAGUAAAGUUUGUUAAACAGGUUUUUAUCUGUGUGUCAUAUUAGUACAAUUAGGGUUAGUUAAUAUUACUGAAGGUUUUUUUUCUGUUGUAGUAUGAAGUCUGAGCUUCAUGAGUUUUAGGCAUAGAGCAGAAAAUCACCACAUGAACAGAGUUCAGCCAAAAACCAUCAAAUUUCUGUCCCUCUCUGUUUGAAUCAGGAGCAUGACUGUGAAGAGUCCAAUUAAACUGUAAAGCAGCUUUGUUUUCUGUAGCCGGUUAAAAAGAAGAAUCAGUCAAGAAUAAAACAAUCAUUUAACGUUUAACGAUACUUGAUAGAACAAAGUUCUUACAUCAUAGAAGCUUGUAAAGAAAUAUGAAUUUCAGACUCUUUGACUUGAUCAUAUUAGACUGGAUCAGAAAUAACCAAUCAGGAUCUUGAUGAUUAAAAAAGAGAGAGUGUGCAGACAGAUCUUUGACUUAAGGAGAUGUAGAAACUUAGUCAUCUUCAUCUUCACACUCUCUUCCUGUUUGUGUCUCACCUGUUUGUCUAUUUUGUCCUCAGGUUGUAUAACUUGGUUUCAUCUUCCAUGAAUUUGUACAAAAUCAGAUGGAGAAGAUGAGUGAUGGUGUCAAGAAAAAGGAGGACAGAGCAAAGUCUGUUAUGUCCGACCGUCUGUCUAUGAAGAGUGACCGGUCUAAAGAUGAUCCACCGCUCUUCAGGGAAGAACCAGGACCCUCAGAUUCACAGUAAGAGAAACACUUUUCACCCUCCAAACUCUCAAACAACAACAACUGAUGUUUCAAAAUCAGAACUUUAAAUCCUGACCCCUCUGUUUUCUACCAUGGUGAGAAAAAUGAUCUCCUCUGCUCUCAAAACGCUGAUUUUCCUCUUUAACCUCCAACCUGGAGAAAGUAAAGAAAAAGUCACUGAGCACAGAUUUACUUAUUAUUCCUCAUGUUGAUAAAAAUGAAGGUCGUAUAAAACAGCAUUUGAAGAGGAUUCUGACCUCUGUAUUUUCUGAUUUGGUUCCUGUGUUUGGGACGUUUUGAGCCUGUAAGUCUUUGGACUGUGGUGUAUAGACCCCAGAAAACAGUCUGUGGGUCCCAAAAUACCAGAAGACCAAUGAAGAAAUAAAUCCUGAGAAAUAAAAACUCAUUCAAACAUCUGUCUGUUAUUAGACCUUUAGAUCUGAUUGGUCAAAAAAAAUGUUUGAAACUGUCAGAGAAAAUCUCUCUACCUUCAAAAAUCACAGUUUAGUUUUUUCUCCUGUCUCCACACUUUGAGGCAGCAGCAGCUGAAUAUUUUACAGGAGAUUGUUUUAUGUUAGAGAAAAGAGUGAGUUCAGAAACUCUGGUUGAAUAAAUGCUUCUUAUUCUGUAUCUUUCAAACAUGAAAUGAUAAAGAAAAUAAAUGUUCUUUAUUUCCACAGAGAGACACAGAGAUGUGACUCUGUGGAGGAGCAGCUGUCCAGCUCUGACCGAAGUAAGUCUGAACAUCUGUCCUUUAAAGUCUGUGUGGAUGAAAACUCAGCUGACUGAUUUUCACAAAGACGUUUUAGUGUUGAGAAGUUUGGUUCAUUUUAUUUUUCUUCUCUUUCAGAAGAUGGCGGUCUGCAGGAGGUUUUAGAUGAACAUAAGAUCAGUCUGAAGAGGAGAUGUGAACGAGUGAAUGAAGGAAGUGAUGAAACAGGAAGUAGUCAAACCCUCCUCAACGGGAUCUUCACUGAGCUCUACGUCACAGAGGGACUGAGUGAAGAGGUGAACACCCAACAUGAGGUGAGACAGCUGGAGACCACUUCAAAGAUGAAGACCCUCCAUGACACGCCCAUCAGGUGUCAUGAGAUCUUUAAAACCUUACCUGACCAACAGAAGAAGGUCAUCAGAGUGGUUCUGACCAACGGCGUGGCUGGUGUUGGAAAAACCUUCUCAGUGCAGAAGUUCACUCUGGACUGGGCAGAGGGUUUGGAGAACCAAGACCUCCAUCUGGUGGUCCUGCUUUCAUUCAGGGAGCUGAACCUGAUCAGAGGUGAGCGCUUCAGUCUUCUGAGUCUGCUCCAUGUUUUCCAUCCAACACUAGAGAAGGUCACAGCAGAGACGCUGGCUGUCUGUAAACUUCUGUUCAUCUUUGACGGUCUGGAUGAAAGCAGACUGUCUCUGGAUUUCACAGACUCUGAGGUGGUGUCUGACGUCACACAGAAGUCUUCACUCAACGUUCUGUUAACAAACCUCAUCAAGGGGAACCUGCUCCCCUCAGCUCUCAUCUGGAUAACUUCUCGACCUGCAGCAGCCAAUCAGAUCCCUCCUUCAUGUGUGGACAGGGUAACAGAAGUACGAGGCUUCACUGACGCCCAGAAGGAGGAGUACUUCAGGAAGAGGUUCAGAGAUGAAGAUCUGUUCAGAAGAAUCAUCUCACACAUCAAGUCCUCCAGGAGCCUCCACAUCAUAUGUCAGAUCCCGGUCUUCUGCUGGAUCACUGCGACAGUUCUGGAGGACAUGAUGAGCAGAGAGCAGAGAGGAGAGCUGCCCAAGACCCUGACGGACAUGUACUCACACUUCCUGCUGGUCCAGACUAAGAUGAAGAAGCAGAAGUACGAAGGAGGACAUGAGACAAGUCCUCAGGAGCUGACUGAGGCUGACAGUGAAGUCCUCCUGAAGCUGGGGAGGCUGGCCUUUGAACAUCUGGAGAAAGGAGACAUCAUGUUCUACCAAGAAGACCUGGAGCGGUGUGGUCUGGAUGUCUCAGAGGCCUCGGUGUACUCAGGAGUUUGUACAGAGAUCUUCAGAAGAGAGAGUGUGAUCUUCCAGAAAACUGUUUACUGUUUCGUUCAUCUGAGCGUUCAGGAGUUUCUGGCUGCAGUCUACAUGAUCCACAGUUUCACAAACAGGAACACAGAAGCUCUGAGGACUUUCCUAAGAGGCAACGAAGAUGAAAUGUUUUCUUCAAAGACAGUUCCCAGACCUUUUCAAACCCUGCCGAAACUUUUCCCACCAGAGCCACUAAACCUGGGAUUCGGUUUCUUAUCAGAGCUACAAAACCUGGAUGACCGUUUCUCAUCUCUGGAUGUCUUCCUGAAGAGUGUCAUGGAGAAAUCCCUUCUCAGUAAAAACGGUCACCUGGACCUGUUUGUUCGCUUCCUUCAUGGACUCUCUCUGGAGUCAAACCAGAGACUCUUAGGAGGUCUGCUGGGUCACACAGACAACAGUCCAGAAAUAAUCCAAAGAGUCAUCAAGAACCUGAAGUGGAUGAACAGUGAUUAUAUCUCUCCUGACAGAAGCAUCAACAUCUUCCACUGUCUGAUGGAGAUGAACGAUCUGUCAGUUCAUCAGGAGAUCCAAGAGUUCCUGAAGUCAGAGAACAGAUCAGGGGAGUUCCUCUCAGAGAUCCACUGCUCUGCUCUGGCCUACAUGCUGCAGAUGUCAGAGGAGGUUCUGGAUGAGUUGAACUUAUAUAAUUAUAACACAUCAGACCAGGGACGACAGAGACUGAUCCCAGCUGUGAGGAACUGCAGAAAGGCUCAGUAAGUCCAGGUUUUAUUCUCAGAAUAGUGUAAAUGAUCCCUGUAGUUCUUCUAAUGUCCACGUUACUGAUGAUGUUCUUCUUCAAAUAGAAAUCCACUCAAAUAUCAGGGAGGGGGUUUCUUUAGCAAAAACAUGAUCCUGGUGUCUAAAGUCCUGUGAGCCCAGGAUGAGGUCUACCUGUGGACCCCUGAGAACUUGUCCUAAUUGUGGAGGACCUCUUUGUUUUGAAUCGUGUCUGUAAUGAAUAAAGUGGAACUUUCAGGACAAAUCUGCGACCAUAUCUGAGGACACACAGAGGUCUUCUGAUGAUGGUAUCAGUCCAGAUCAACAUCUCAGUCAGUUGUGGUGAACUUGAGUUUGAAGAAGGUGUCUGCAGCUUCUUCCUGCUGGUUUUCAGGUUGGAAAUGAUGAAUGUGUUGUAAAUGAGGGUGUUGACAGCAUUGAUGGUGAAAAUAGAACUGGAUCAUUUUCUAUACAGUGGCAGAACUGUCUCUGUACCAUCAUGUUCAUCAUUCAAUAUUCAUCAUCAAUACAACCAUGAAAGCUAACAUCAUUUUCCACCACUCACUGGAGAUUAUCUGCUGGACUAGAACAUAUGAAUGAUGAGAACACAGGAGGUAUUUGGACAGCAGCUCCAUGUGUCUGAAAACAAUGGUGGAAAUAGGAUGUUAAUGUCUCUCUCUCUCUCUCUCUCUCUCUGCCCUCGGUGCUGCAGGUUGGCACUGACACCAGUCUGCCUCAUAACACCUCAUAGCAUGUGGAAACAGCCGUGCUGUUCCACUGUAUAUAUGGACACCAUGUCUCUAAGGAGAAGCAGUGUGACUGCAUCAUCAUCAUCAUCAUCAUCAUCAUCAGUUUUCCAUGGUGUCCCUUUGUUGUCAUGGUGAUGCAGAGUGAAGAUGAUUCCUCUAAUGUUGAGGUGUUGGUGGGCUGUAGCGGUCACAUUUCUCCCACUCGGCUGCAUGUCUCUGUUUAAGAUGUUGAUGUAAAUUGGUCAGACUGCUGCCUUCUGCUGAAACAGCCUUUAAACAAACACUGCAGCAGACUGGGGUUUGAUCCAGGUCUGAGUCUGAGAGACUGAACCAGGUCUAAAGGACUAACAAGACUGACUUUUUGAGGGGGCAGAAAAGUCUGUUUUUGUCCAUAACUAGCAUGGCUGUCAUUAGGUUGAAUUAUACAGGUAGAGAGAGAGAGAGAGAGAGAGAGAGAGAGAGAGAGAGAGAGAGAGAGAGUGAGAAAGAGAUGACCAGAGCCCAAAGACAGAGGUUCAGUGGGUCUUUGUUUCUGUCUCUUAAAGGUCUCUCUGGAUCCAUCAGACUUUAUAAACUUGUUUCUGCUGCUGAAGGGAAUGUUACAUGGAGAAAAAACUUUCAUUGUGAAAAAAAAGAAAUCUUCAAGUCUUCAAAUGUUCAUAGUCAAACCAGCUCUAACCUGCUAAAAAAAACAAUUUUAUCUGAACCAAUCAUAGAAAAAGGAGCUGCUGUGAUUUAGUGAGUCGUCCUCUGAUUGGUCAACAGUCAGUGUCUAUGGAAAGACUUACAUUACAGCAGGAUGUCAACAUUAAACACUGAGAGGAGCACUGAUUCUCCAAGAGGUACUUUGGAUACUAACCAAUCACAUACCAGGACCAAAAACCUGGUUCUCAGUCCCCUUCUCCAACCAGAACUCAAGAAUUCACUCAGUCAUAAUGAUCCAGCUGCACUAACAUGAAGACAACACUGUUAGAGAACAGAAGGACUAAAAUAAGUCAUGGAGUCAUUUGUCUUGAACAUCUGAACAGUUUUUUUUUCUUCUAAACUUUGACUUCCUGUCUUCUCUCAUGGCUGUGGUCCUGAUAUUAGUAUCUGUCUGGUUAAAAACAGGCCGUCUGUCAAACCAAAGAUCAUGUUUGUUUUUGGUGAAGAGAAACAUCAAAUUAUUCUUUAAUGAAAUAUUGUUUGAUAUUUAUGUUGUUACAGAUUUUGGGGCUGUGGACUCUCAGAGACUCACUGUGAAGUUGUGGCCUCAGCUCUGAAGUCCAACCCCUCCCAUCUGAGACAUCUGGACCUGAGUGGAAACAAUCUGCAGGAUUCAGGAGUGAAGCUUCUCUCUCCUGGACUGGAGAGUCCAAACUGCAGACUGGAGACUCUGAGGUGAGACACCAUUUCCUUCUGAUCUAACAAUAAGAUGUGACAGCUGCUGCCUUAGAUUUUUCUCUGUGGUUUUUCCAUCAACUUUGGUCGAGCAGUUUGAAUUUGUCGUUGUAAAACUUCAACACAGGAAGAAAAAUCCGACAUUUCAGAGUUGACUUUGAGGAGAACGAUGGAUGUAGAAAGGAAGCAGGAGAAAAUCAGUCCCACAAAUAUUACACAUGCUUGUAGAGAGCAGGAGCAGCACAGACUAAAGGCUGACAUUGAACUGAUCCACAAUUAAUGUGAUCACUAAUGAAUGAAUGAAGUGUCAGAGAAAUGAUGAGCUGCAGAUUGAAACCUGAAGAACAAAGUUAAUCCAACUCUGGAUAUUUCAUUUGGAAACUCUUGAAAACUUGAAUUUCUUCUUUGCUCAGUCGUGUUCAAAUGUAAAAACCAGAUCCAGAUUUUUCUGCAGUUUUCACUUCAGUUUGUUGAACAUGAACAUCAUCUUGUCCAGUUGGUCCAUAAAAACCUCUCUGAUCAAUGAUCUGUUGGUUUAUUUAAGAGUAGUUUGGCAGUUGUUGACAGCAGACGGACGGACCCCUGAAUAAACUCCUGACUAUUUUCAAAAAAUCUUCUCAAAAAAGUUUAGAGAAGAUUUUAUAAAGUUCCUCAAGAUCAACUUUGAAAAAGUUCUUCAUCCAUGUCCUUCAGGGGCUCAAGAACAUUGAAUCAUUAAAAGCAGGAACAGUUUCUUCAGAGGUAAUGUGACAGCUGUUUUUUUAAUUAACUUUUAGAUUUGGAGUUUUAGUCUUUUAAUUUCAUAGACAUUUUGAACAUAUUCAUGAGUUAAUAUUCAUUAAUUACAACCAUAUCAUACUGAUAUCAGACAGGAGUGUGACAGGUGAUUAUUAGUCUUUUUGACACGUUACAAUAAUGAGGAUAAAGUCAUGGACUAAACUUGGGCUCCCAGUUUCCUUUUUGUUGUUGUUUCUUCAGCUAGCAUCAUUGUUUUCAUCACAGUUAUUAAAGUGAUAAUGAUGCUUCAUAAAUUCAGAGUCACAAAAAACAACAAACAAACCAAAUCUGAAAAAAAUCCACUUUUUCAUCAAAUGUGUUUAACAGUCAGAACAUGAGUUUUGAGUUUUCAUGAGGAGGAAACGAGAAAGAUCUGCUCUGACAGUUAGAAACACAGACGCCUGAAUUUACACUGACAGACACACAAAUACAGACAGAGAGACACAGACAGAGACACAGACAGAGACACAAACACACAAACACAGACAGAGAUUUUCCUCUUUGUCUCUUUGCUGUGAUGACUGAAGUCACAAAAACAAAGUUUUCUUUGUCACUUUUAUGAUUGAACCAAAUGAAUUAAAGAACCAAACUCUCAGAUUUUGUUCUUCUCAAUAUUAUUUGAACCAUUUAGAUUUUUCUUCUGAUCAAUAUUCAAUGAUCAGAUUGAUCAGGUUCCUGUUUUGGCUCCACUGCCUAUUUUCUGUGAGCUCAAUAACUGCUCAUAUCAUUUGAAAGGUUCCUGCAGCAAAACCCGAUUAGAGAGUGGACUAAAUGAAAUGUGAGUGAACUCAGCCAUCAGUGAAUCAAUGACAAAGUGAGAGGAAGAGUGGAUCUGUCUGCUGUCUGACCUUGUUGAUCCUGAUGAAGGUGAGGGAGAAGAGUAAAGCAGUAAAGGUGAUGUUGUUGCAGACAGAGUCAGCUGACCUGUCUCAUCAGAGUCUCAUCCAUUCUCUGUUUGGCAGAGCGCUGAUGUUACAGUCUGAGAGCACAUUCAGGUUCAGGUUCACAUGGGCUGGAUCUGCUAAAUACAAACUCUUGAGACCAGCCUGGUUGAGGGAGGUCCGCUCAGUGUCCUGGGUGACUCUCUCUGAGCUCUUCUUGGUUGAGAGUAUUUCUGGUUUGUCUCUGACUUCCAUGAACUCAGAUCUGGAGGAUUGCUGGCUGGUCCGGUCCAGUGCUGACAGUAGAGACAACACAGUCUGUUAUUCUGGGUUGAGUGUUAUUGUUGAAGAUCAGUGUACAGUGAGGGAUGAAGGCAGACAAAGAUCCUCCUGUUUCCUCCAUGUCACAGUUCAAGUUCAUUUUGAAGACUUCUAUUGAUCCGAGCGCUGAAGAGGAACAGGAAACGUGGAGUAGAGAGUGAGGGAGGACUUACAGCAAAGGAUCAUGGGAGUCCAACCAGCAACUGCUGCAACAUGGACUCCACCUUCUGAACACCUGAACCUCUAAUCCAAACCAGUGCUCCAUCACAUUUGAUAUCUUGUCUGUUAUUUUACAUAGAGGGUCAGAGCAGACCAGAUAAAGAGCUCUGACAGACUGGAUCUGGUCCAAAGGUCUCCUGUUGGAGUUCUCUAAGCUCCAUAUUUUAAACCUGAACACGUGAAGUUUGAUUAUUAAUUAUUUUUAUCUUCAUUCUCUUUCCUUUUUUAGACUGAGGGGCUGCAGUUUGUCAGAGAUCAGCUGUUCUUCUCUGGUCUCAGCUCUGAAGUCCAACCCCUCCUAUCUGAGACAUCUGGACCUAAGUUUCAACAAUCUGCAAGAUUCAGGAGUGAAGCUGCUGUGUGACUUUCUGCAGAGUCCAAACUGUAAACUGGAGACACUGACGUGAGACAUUUUUCCUCCAUUCAAACAUUAUCAUGAUUUGUUUGUGAUGAUGACACUAAACUGCUGACUCAGGACUGAAAUACUGACCCAGACUGAACACCUUCAGUCCAGAGUAGAUUUUCUGCAUCAGUGGAUUAUUUGAUUGACUCCAGUUAGAUCACUGCUGAGCUCCAGUGAAUUAAAACCUGAACACAAGAAGAAAACUCUUUUUAGAGUUCACAGUGAGAAGCACAUUCAGACAGAAAACAGAAGCAGGGGGAGAUUUGUCAGACGAGAACCAUUCAAACUUUAGUUCAGGACAAGAUCAGGUAAUAGAAAAAACUCAGUUUAGUUUCUGACGCUGAUGAAAGUCCAGCUCUGUUACUUUGAAUUUUGAGGUUUUUUUUAUCUUUGUGUGAAAAUCUGAAUUUUCUGGUUUAUUCUCAACAUCCUUUAUUUCCCAUCCGUCCUGAAGUCGCUGACAUUUUCUAAAAACAUUAAACUGCAUCUACAUUCAGUAAAAAAGUCUCUGAGUUUUUUAUUUCACUAUUUAAUGUGUUUUUGAAUUCACUGUUUCAAACUUACCUCCUGUUUGGUUCAGCUCUUUGGAGCGUCACUUUUCUUCAAUUCAUACUUUCCAAACCUUUUCCCUGAACUCUACAGAUUUAAGACAUCAGGUUUCAAACUGGAUCAUUCUUCUCUAAAAUCUCGUUUUCUCCUCUUUAUUUAGGUUAAAGAGCUGCAGUUUGACAAAGAUCAGCUGGUCUUCUCUCGUCUCAGCUCUGAAGUCCAACCCCUCCCAUCUGAGACAUCUGGACCUGAGUGAAAACGUUUUGCAGGAUUCAGGAGUGAAGCUGCUGUGUGACUUUCUGCAGAGUCCAAACUGUAAACUGGAGACUCUGAGGUAAGUUUAGUCUUUGUCUGUUUCUGGUGUAGAUUUUUAUUUUUAUUCAGAUUUUUUGAACCCGAUUCAAAUGUUCAUAGAAUUCUUUAAUAUUUCCAGAACUUUCUUCUUACUCACAUAAAUCCAUGUUUUAUUAUUGAAUUAUCAGUCAGAUACAGAUGGAGGAAAACUGUGAGUUAUUUUGUUGAUUGAAUGUUGAUUUUUUAUAAAUGGUUCAGAUGAUCACUGCAGUGAUGUUGACGGGUUUACUUCCUCGGUUUCUAAAGCGUUCAAAUGUUCAAGGAUGCAGUGAACUCACUAUCCAUGCAGCUCAGGAACACAGCUCAUCUUUUUCAGACAGGAAACAUUGUCAACAACAAAAGGUGUGUUAAAGUCCCAGCAGUCAGCAGCUUCAGUCAGAAACCUUGCUGUCAGAGCUCCGUCAUUUUAACCCUCUGUAUAACUCCCCAGCACAGACCAGACCCUGUGAGCACAUCCUCACAACAUGCUGCUUUAGUUACAACAACAACAAUCAGCUGAUAGCAGAGAUUUCAUCCAAACAGUCCAGGAGACAAACUUUGAAGUGGUUGGAAAAUUCAGGUGUCCAUCGCUCAUGCAGAGUUGACUCAUGUUGAUGUUUUCAUGUCUAGAGGACAUGCUGGAGUGAAUUCAACCAAACCUCCUGAGAAAAAAAACAGCAGUAGCAGCCAUUAGAUCAGACUUCAUGACGUCUGUGCGUCCCUUUAAUCAACCAAAUCAGCAGUUCUAGAGUUUUCCCUCAUCUCUUUAGAUUUGAUGGUUUUUGUGAUUUUAAUGUUUCCACACAAACUUUAAAUUGUUGAAACUGAAUUUUGUUUGUCAUGAUAAUGUGACAGUUGAUUUUUUUAAAAAUAAACUUUUAGAUUUGGAGUUUUAUUAUUUAGAUUUCAGAGACAUUUUGAACAUAUUCAUUAGUUAAUAUUCAUGAAUUACAACCAUAUCAUACUGAUAUCAGACAGGAGUGUGACAGAUGUAUUUGUCUUUUUGACACGUUACAAUAAUGAGGAUAAAGUCAUGGACCUGUCAGGGGUGUGGAUGUAGGACCCAAGUGCGGCACAACGGCAGGUAGUUGUUCAGAAGCUACUUUUAUUGCAAUAGUUCACAGCAAACAGGUAACUGAAGAUACUGGGAUUGAUUUAGCAGUCUCUGUAGAAUCUCCAAGAUCAACAGGAAACAGGUCCAACAGGCAGAAAGGUGAGUGCACACAGAAAACACACUACACCUGAGAGUCUUUGUGAAGUGCAGCGGCACUGUCGAGGGGCAGGCUGGGCUCGUGGUCGAAGCGGAGGCAAUGUUGAAUCCAGGUAGACAAUCAGCGGGGCAGACUAAUUCCAGAGGACAGAAGGAUAGUCGUUGACAGGCAGUAGGUCGGGAAGCCAGCAACACAGCAAAACCUGAAGUUCUCACCAGAACGACUUGACAGGGGAUCCAAGGGCUGAGACGAUAAGACGUGGUCAGAGACAUGCAGGAGUCGAAACUGAGAAGUCAAUCCAAGAAAUAAUGCUGGAGAGUCGUGCAUGCUGCGAAGACAAUCUGGCACUGAAUGAGGGACACAGAGUGACUUAAAUGCUGGCUGGCUAAUCAGCAGUGAGGAGCUGCAGCUUGUCAUUCACAGGUGUGGGGAAUCAGUGCUGAUGAGGAGGUGAGUAGGUCAGCCUGAGAUACACAACAGAGUGUGACAGGACCAAACUUCCAGCUCCCAGUUUCCUUGUGUGUUGUUGUUGUUGUUGCCUCAGCUAGCAUCGUUUUCAUCCCAGUUAUUAAAGUAAUAAUGGUGCUUCAUAAAUUCAGAGUCACAAAAAAACACCAAACAAACCAAAUCGGAAAAAAAUCAAUUUUUCAUCAAAUGUGUUUAAUCGGUCAGAACAUGAGGUUUGAGUUCAGUGUAUCCUCCACGUCACAGUUCAAGUUCAUUUUUAAGACUUUUUACCUUUUAUUAGUCUGGAAGCUGAAGAGGAACAGGAAACGUGGAGUAGAGAGUGAGGGGGGACUUACAGCAAAGGAUCAUGGGAGUCCAACCAGCAACUGCUGCAACAAGGACUCCACCUUCUGAACAUUUGAACCUCUGAUCCAAACCAGUGCUCCAUCACAUUUGAUGUUUUGUCCGUUAUUUUACAUGGAGGGUCAGAGCAGACCAGAUAAUGAGCUCUGACAGACUGGAUCUGGUCCAAAGGUCUCCUGUUGGAGUUCUCUAAGCUCCAUAUUUUAAACCUGAACACAUGAGGUUUGAUUAUUAAUUAUUUUUAUCUUCAUGCUCUUUCCUUUUUUUAGACUGAUGAACUGCAGUUUGUCAAAGAUCAGCUGGUCUUCUCUGGUCUCAGCUCUGAAGUCCAACCCCUCCCAUCUGAGUCAUCUGGACCUGGGUUACAACAAUCUGCAAGAUUCAGGAGUGAAGCUGUUGUGUGACUCUCUGCAGAGUCCAAACUGUAAACUGGAGACUCUAGAGUGAGACUUUUUUCCUCCAUUCAAACAUUAAUAUGAUUUGUUUGUGAAGCGUCACUUUUCUUCGAUUCAUACUUUCUAAAUCUUUCCCCUGAACUCUACACAUUUAAGACAUCAGGUUUCAAACUGGAUCAUUUUUGUCUAAAAUCUCAUUUUUUCCUCUUUAUUUAGGUUGGAUAACUGCAGUUUGACAAAGAUCAGCUGUUCUUCUCUGGCCUCAGCUCUGAAGUCCAACCCCUCCCAUUUGAAAACUCUGUGGCUGUUUGGCAACAAUCUGCAGGAUUCAGGAGUGAAGCUGCUGCGUGAUCUUCAGAAGAGUCCAAACUACAGACUGAAGGAUCUGAGGUCAGUAUAGAGUUGGAGUUAGUCUGUGCUGAUCUCUCCUGUUCCCAGGCAUGACCUACAUGAAUCGUGUAGAUCCGAGGAGAAACUUGGGGAAUUUUUUUUUUUUAAAUUAUCACGUAAUUUAAUACGCAAACUGAGCACCUCAGAAACCGGCCCUUUAAAUGACACUUGGACGGUCAGCAAAUCCUCCUGGCUGCUUUGCUGACGAGAACCAAUCAUAGACCAAACUGCGUUCCAUUAUUUCAAUCAUGCGCACACUCUUCACGUGUACUUGGAGUGCUUGGAGAGCCUGAGGUAGCUUUGCAAAGCUGCGAGAACGAGAAGCAGGACUUAUCCACGCCGGUGUUGUGCCGUAGAAUGCACCCCUGCCAUAGAAUGCCCCCCCCCCCCCCCCCCCGAUGAGAGCGCGGUUGAAAGUACAUGAGGUGAAAUAAUCCAAGUUUUCCUUACCGUUGGAUGGAUUCAAAAGCGUGUGCCUUUAAUGAUUUCAUUCAGGUUAUUUAGAUAAGCCGAAAACAAUAGCCCUCUGAUUCAGAAUAUUUGCUGUCCCGAAAGUAUAUUGUUUGCUAUCUUGACAUCUUACUGUACAGUUUAUAUACCCAAGUACACCUUGAUAUGUGCAUUUUUUAGACACAUUAAAACAGAAUGAAAGUUUGCUAGUAGUCAUGAUCCAAAUACUUGUGUCUUUGUAAAAUAUGAGCCCAUUUUCUUCCACUUUAAGAAGCUAAUGAGUGGAUGGGAUGCAGGGGUGCAUUCUAUGGCACAACACCGGGGACAAGGCAGACCAGAGCGUAGCGUACACAUUUACCUGCAUUUACCAGCAGAUUGAAUUUGGUGAGUAAUAGUUUCAAUCGUUUUCAUAUUUUGUGGUAUAACAAAGAUACUACCGUUCGCUACAGCUUGCGUUGAACACUGCCAGAGCUAGCCAAAUCUCCGGUGAAAAAAUAGCUCCCAUUUGCUAGAUAUUAAGUUAGCGUCAAGCUUGUGUAGUUUUUUUUUUUUUUCAAUUUUUUAAAUUUGAAAAAAAAUACACAGUUUUUUUCAGCGCGACAUUAGCAUGAGAGAAGACAACAGGGAAGAGUGUGUCACGAAAGGCUUGCUGUGCGUUUGGACCAAAAGCUACUAAAGCUGUUGUGUAAAUCGCUAUGUUGCUAUUAUUUUUAUAUGGCUGUCAAGAAACUGUGAGUGUUCAGCAGACAAAGAAGCAGGCUGCUGAAAGUGAGAAGCAGGCAAGGCUGAGGCAUGUGGCCACUCAGCGUAAAAGGCCAUGGAGACUCUGGCAGCCCAGGCAAAAAGAAAAAGUGAUCAAUUGGACUUGGUAUUGGAUCUAUUGGAAUUGCAUGUAUUGUUCUCCAGUCUGGUAGGGCAUACAUUGAUCUAAAGUGCAGGAUGGAAAGUCUUUAUUUUUUUUAUUCUGUUUUUUUUUCCUCUUUAAAUUAUUAUUGUUCAUAUGGCCCUGUACAAACAGUUUUGAACAUCUCUCUCUGACCCAUCUAACUCAUUUAGCUUCUGUGAAAGUAAACUUUGUUUCUAAAUAAAACAUGGCCAGCAGAAGAUGCAUAUGAUGUGGUGUGUGUGUGUGUGUGUGUGUGUGUGUGAGAGAGAGAGAGAGAGAGAGAGAGAGAGAGAGAGAGAGAGAGAGAGACUUGGAGUGUUUUCGGCGCCUCCUGCAGAUCAUUGAAACACAGUGUGAGUAGACAGAGCUCAAUAUUUUGUUGGGUUGUACAGUGUACCGGAACGUAUUUCCUCUGCACCCUUCUCACCUUUUCAACCCCUGACCCAUUUUCAUGCCUGUGUUCCACUCCACACAGUAUCACAGCAGAUAUUCAGUAUUUCCUGCUGACUCUUCGACCCUCUCAGAGGAUUAUUUCUUUAGUGAAGCUGUGAGAACAGAAAUCAUCAAACCAGGAGUGUAAGAGUGUCAGUGAUGAAAAAAGUGUCUCCUCGUCUCUAUAUUUCAGAUCAAAUGUAGAAAUGAGACAUAAUGAAAUAGAAAUGUUCAGUUUCUGCUCUGAAGUCCAGUUUAUAGUUCUCUGUAUUCAACACAGACUUUAUUUCUCUGCUAACUUGUUGAUUUUGACCUCUAAGUUUGAAAACAGACAGCUGUUCUUUAUACUUGUUAUUUUCACAGCAGGUUUGUUCGAUCAGCCUUAACACAUUUGACAGGAAUGAUUUCUUUAUUUUGAUGAUGUUGGUUUAUUUGUGAGGAAACCUGCUGCUUUACACCAUCACUUUUGGUCUGAGCAGGACUGAGACCUGCUGGUCUGUAAACUGGAUGUUCUUCAGUCCAGCUGAUGAAGUGAGUCUCAGAGUGGAAACACUGAUCGUCUUUUUUUUUCUCUCCUCAGAUCGUAGUAACAUCUAUGAGAGUGAUUAAGAAGAGGAUCAUGUGUUUCCUGAUGAUCAGAGAGGUGGAGGCAGCAGCAGUGAGGGUGAGGUGAGUCUCUGACUGGGCCGCGUUACUGAGAGACUGACUGACCAAUCACAGCGGGCGGAGAGGACUGUGGGAGCUGCACUUUGACCUGCUCUGAGAUCAGCUCAGGACCUGGACUCUGGAUAUUUGAUCUUUUCCCUCAUAUUCUGGGAUCAAACAGUCUGAACAGGUUUGUUUUGUUGAUGGAAACAUGAUCAUAAAUUUACACUUUGAUUGGAUUACUUUGUUUUACCAUGAUGCAGCGCCACCCAGUGGAAAUAUAAAGAGGUGGAGUUGAUUUAUUCCCACAUAUUUCUGCAGCAGAAGUUGAUACCAUGUGUGAGAGUAGAUCAGUCAGAAGUUCAGAUUAAACACAAAGGUUUUUUCUUUCCUUUGCACCGUUAGAGACCGAAUAUAAACUGAAGGGAGAGGAAGAGAAGUGAGGAGAGAUGGAGGUGAAGGGAGGAGGAGGACAGGGUUUGGGGUUUUAACAAAAAUCAGAAGCUUUAUUCUUUCACUUGAUUAUUUUUAUUAAUCUGUUUUCAUUUUCUGAAAUGAUUGUAAAUAUUGACUGGAGGUAAAUUGACCUUAUUUUAUAUUAUUAGACAUUAUUUUCUGUCUCUUUACAUGUUUUUGUUCUCAUAUAAUCUUUGUGCUCAUCAAUAAUCGAUUCCCUCCUGUUUGGAUGAACAAACACAAUUAUUAAACCAUUAAAUGAGACCUGAGAGUCAAAGUAAAAUGUGUGAAAUAUAAUCAGUCAAAGGAAAGAUUCUUGAACAAUAAAAAAACAUUAUUUUUACUUUAUUAUGAUGGAGAAGUUUUCCUCUGACAGACAAAAAUAACCGUAUUGACUGGAGUCUGGAAAAAGUGAGAUCAGCAUCUAUUCAGGGUGAAGUCAUUAACGUGGUCGAUGCUGUUUUAUAAACUCAGUGUUGUUGAUUACAAUCUCAGCUUCAUAAAUUGAUCUUACAGUGGAGUGACUUCCUGUAAAAUCCACUGGCUAUGUGAGACCGUCAGCUUUCAGGAGAUUAGUUUGUGUCAUUUCUGUUGUUAGCCAAUCAGAGGCUGUAUGUGCCAUCAGCUGACCUGUAAAGGUCCAAUCAGAAGCCAGGACAGCUCAUGUCACAGUCUGCUCACAGCAGAGAAACAGGAAACAUAGAACUAUUGUGAACAGAUUUGUCCUCUUCAGUUUAUCUAGUAUCAAUAGAUCUGUGCUCUGUCUGUGUAACACUAUGUUGGUUCUUCAUUUACACUACAUCAUUUUUUAUAUAAUUUCACUGUAACAGUGUCAUUUAGAGAUAAUAAAAACUUUAUUUGAACUAAAACAUGUUAAAAACAUCAACUCAGCUUGUUUCAUUCACUGUGUCCAAUUGAUUAUUAUUAUUUUUCCUUCAAAGAAAAACUAGAUCUGGUCUUUAAAAAGUAAAGUGAGUCUGAAAAGUGGAGGAAGGUUUUAUCAUCAGGGUGCUCCUAUACUCAGGUCAAUACGGUAGUGGAUCAUAGAGACUCAAAGCCUUGAUUCAGCUGAGGCUGGAGGACGCUGCGUGAAGGAAAGUCGGUGUGUUUAGUUGGUCAUAGUUUUUAUGAAGCAGGAACUUUGAUUUGAUCGUCUUUUCUUGGAAAUCAAAGUUC